CCAGCCUUGCCUCGGGUGUAGGGAUUGCAAGGGAAAAGCAAAACUACACGGUCUAGACCUUGUGUAGUUUUGUUUUUUGGGUUAUAACGGGGCCCAACCGUUCUCACCUUGGAUUUUCUGGAAACAUUUUGGAUAAGAGGACUGUUGCUGAGGCACUAGCUACCUGGGCACAGUCCCAUCAAGUGUAGGCAGCCUUGUGAUACAAGGUGCCUUCUACCAUGUCAACACAAGCUCCAACAUUUACACAGCCGCUUCAGAGCGUUGUGGCACUUGAGGGUAGUGCUGCAACGUUCCAGGCUCAAGCUAGUGGUAAUCCAGUUCCAGAGGUGAGCUGGUUUCGUGAUGGCCAGGUUCUUACUGCUGCCGCUCUGCCCGGCGCUCAGAUCUCGUUCAGCGAUGGCCGCGCUGUUCUGAUGAUCCCCGCUGUGACAGCCGCACACAGUGGAAGAUUUUCUGUGAGAGCCACCAAUGGCGCUGGACAAGCCACUAGCACUGCUGAACUGCUGGUUACAGUGGAAACUGCGCCACCAAACUUCAUUCAGAGACUACAGAGUAUGACUGUUAGACAAGGAAGCCAAGUGAGACUAGAUGUUCGAGUGACAGGAAUCCCUACACCUGUGGUGAAGUUCUACAGAGAGGGAGCUGAGAUUCAGAGCUCUGCUGACUUUCAGAUUGUUCAAGACGGAGACCUUUACAGUUUGUUGAUUGCCGAGGCCUUCCCAGAAGAUUCUGGAACUUAUUCUGUCAGUGCUUCUAACAGCAGUGGACGUACUACCUCUACAGCUGAACUUCUGGUUCAAGGUGAGGAGGUUGCAGUGCCUGCAAAGAAGACCAAGACUUUUGUUUCAACUUCCCAGAUUUCACAGACUCGCCAGGCUAGAGUUGAAAAGAGAAUGGAGGCAUCAUUUGAGUCCACAGCCAUGAUGGAAAUGCAAAUAGAGGAUGGUGAUUUGGCCCACAAGGCACCACCCCGUGUGCCUCCUAAGCCGACCUCCAAGUCCCCAACCCCACCGACAGGAGUGUCAAAAGUCGCAGCAACGCGCCAUCAGUCACCCUCCCCUGUGAGGCCUGUUAAAGCCCCCAUUCACACACCUCACAGGCCUGCUUCCCCUUCAAGACUGUCCGUGUCCCCUAUCAGACCAGUCAAGUCCCCAAUGACUACACUCAAACAAGCCGCACAGGCUGCAGAUGUUCUGCCUCCAUGGAAGCAGGAGGGUUAUGUGGGAGAAUCCAGUUAUACCAGCAUGACUACUGGGGCCUCAUAUGUCCAGACCUCCUCCACAUUUGUCCACAAGGAGCAGCAAUGGGAAGGUUCUUUUGCUAUGCAGCAACAAGCCAGUGGAGUCGCUUUCAAACAAAUUGUUGAGACUGCAGCAAUCCCAUCCCUCACAAAAGAGCAAGUGAUGCCGCCAACUAUUGUGGCUGGUUUGAAGAAUGUGACUGUCACAGAGGGAGAGUCUAUCACUCUGGAGUGCCAGAUUUCAGGCCACCCUACCCCAGCCAUUAUGUGGUUCAGAGAGGAUUAUAGAAUUGAGAACUCAAUUGACUUCCAGAUCACUUAUGAAAACAGCUAUGCCCGCUUGGUGAUCCGUGAGGCCUUUGCUGAAGAUAGUGGCCGCUUCACUUGCACUGCUACCAGUGAGGCUGGAACUAUCAGCACCUCAUGCUACCUGCUUGUCAAAGUGUCAGAAGACAUUGAAAGCCGGGAGGAUUUUUCUACUUUCUCUGAACACAUUGAAAUGUCUGCUCAGGAAAGACAGGUUACAGCUGAAGCCAAAGAGGAGACCAUGUCUGAAAUAAGUGCCGUCUCUGAGUCUGUGGAGGCUGGAGCAGGUGUUGCCCCAUUCUUUGUGAAGAAACCCACAGUGCAAAAGCUUGUGGAGGGAGACAGCAUAGUCUUUGAGUGCCAAGUCGGAGGAAGCCCCAAGCCACAUAUUUUCUGGAAGAAAAGUGGAAUUCCACUUACUACUGGAUACAGGUACAGAGUAGCCUACAAUAAGGACACAGGAGCAUGCAAGCUUGAGAUCUCCAUGACAUUUGCUGAUGAUGCAGGAGAGUACACCAUCUUUGCUAGGAACCCACUUGGAGAGAUUUCUGCUUCAGCCAUGCUACUUGAUGAAGAGGCAUAUGAGCUGUAUAUGAAGAAACAGGAAGAGACAUUCAAGACAGAAAUUACUACUAUUAUAGAGGAGCCAAAAGUGGCUGACAUACCUGCUGUUGUUGAGACUGUAACUGAGAAAGAGCAGAUGCUCAUGCAGAGGAGGAUGGCGCAACAAACCCAGAUGAUGCAGUCCUUCAUUUCAGAGCAGGAGUUACAAAUAUCUAACUUGGAGCAGAGAUUCAUCCAAGAAAUUGAGUUCCGCCUGCUCAAGAUUACUUACCAGGAGCUGGUGACUGAGGAUGGGGAGCAGUUGGAUAUGAGUGUUUCUGAACAUGAUGCUAUUUCUCCAGUCUUUAAUACUCCAGUUAAAAGCUACAGACUCAGGGAGGGAAUGAGUGCAACAUUUCAUUGCAGGAUGACAGGAACCCCUUUCCCUAAGAUCAUCUGGUACAAAGAUGGUAAGCGCAUCACACAUGGAGGCUGUUAUCAGAUGGAGGUUCUGCAGGAUGGUAGAGCCAGUCUGCGCCUUCCUACGGUGGUGCCAGAAGAUGAUGGUGUCUACACUGCUUUGGUCAGUAACAUAAAGGGUAAUGCUGUCAGCUCUGGAAAGCUGUAUGUGGAGCCAUCUGGUGUAGCACAAACACAGCUUCCUCAGCCUGGGGCAGUUCAAAGAAUCAGGUCCACGUCACCACGCUCCACAAGUCGUUCUCCUGGUCGAUCACCUGCUCGAAGACUUGAUGAGACAGACGAGGCCCAGCUAGAAAGACUCUACAAGCCUGUGUUUGUACAGAAGCCAUCAUCCUUCAAGUGCUCUGAGGGACAGACUGCAAGAUUUGAUCUGAAAGUUGUUGGGAGACCCAUGCCUGAAACUUACUGGUUCCACAAUGGACAACAAGUGGUCAAUGACUAUACCCACAAGAUUGUGGUAAAGGAGGAUGGAACUCAGUCAAUGAUUGUGGUUCCUGCCAUGCCUCAGGACUCCGGAGAGUGGACCGUUGUUGCUCAGAACAGAGCUGGAAAGACUACCGUAUCUAUGACUCUCACUGUUGAAGCCAAGGAAAACUUGGUGAGACCACAAUUUGUGGAAAAGCUAAGAAACAUCAGCGUUAAAGAGGGUACUUUGGUUGAGCUAGCUGUUAAAGCUAUUGGCAAUCCCCUUCCUGACAUUGUUUGGCUGAAGAACAGUGACAUAAUCUCCCCACACAAACACCCACAUAUUAGGAUUGAGGGUGGUAAAGGCGAAGCUCAUUUCAAGAUUCCAUCAUGUACAGGAUCUGAUAGCGCAUGGUACACUGCUACUGCUAUCAACAAAGCUGGCAGAGAUACCACACGCUGCAAAGUUAACAUUGAGGUGGAUGCAGUAAUUCCUCAGCCUGAGAAAAAGCUUGUCAUUCCCAAGGGAACUUACAAGGCCAAAGAAAUUGCUGCACCAGAGUUAGAGCCACUGCAUCUUCGCUAUGGUCAGGAACAAUGGGAAGACGGUGACCUCUAUGAUAAGGAGAAGCAACAGAAGCCUCACUUCAAAAAGAAGCUUACCUCAGUCAGGCUGAAGCGAUUUGGACCGGCACACUUUGAGUGCAGACUGACCCCUAUUGGUGACCCAACCAUGAUUGUUGAGUGGCUGCAUGAUGGCAAGCCACUGGAAGCUGCUAACAGACUACGCAUGGUCAGUGAGUUUGGCUAUUGCAGUCUUGACUACGAAGCUGCUUAUUCCAGAGAUAGUGGCAUCAUUACUUGCAGAGCUACCAACAAGUUUGGAGUUGACCAGACCUCUGCUACACUAAUUGUUAAAGAUGAGAAAAGCCUUGUUGAGGAAACUCAGUUGCCAGAGGGAAGGCGAGGACAAAGAAUAGAAGAAAUAGAGCGUAUUGCACAUGAGGGUGGCCCCUCUGGAGUUACUGGAGAUGAUAAUUUUGAAAAGACUAAGCCAGAGAUUGUGCUACUUCCAGAGCCAGUAAGAGUUACAGAGGGAGAAAUGGCUAAAUUCCGCUGUAGGGUGACUGGCUACCCUACCCCAAAGGUUAACUGGUACCUCAAUGGACUGCUCAUCCGCAAGAGUAAAAGGUUCAGACUUCACUUUGAUGGUAUUCACUACUUGGAAAUUGUAGAUGCCAAGCCCUAUGAUUCAGGAGAUGUCAAAGUUGUGGCUGAAAACCCUGAAGGUGUUACUGAGCAUCUUGUAAAAUUUGAGAUACAGCAGAAGGAGGACUUCAGGUCAAUCUUGCGGCGUGCUCCUGAGAUUAAGGCUCCUGCUCCUGUACCAACACAAGAGCAUGGUAGAGUCUCAUUUGAGGUUGUCAAAACCGAGAAACCAUCUGAGACCUCUAAAGAACCCAAGGAGGUGGUUAAGCUAAAGAAAACUGAGAGAGUAAUCCAUGAGAAAUUAACAGAAGAAACAGAGGAGCUAAGAAGCAAAUUUAAGCGUAGGACCCAGGAGGGUUACUAUGAAGCAAUAACUGCCGUAGAACUGAAGUCCCGCAAGAAGGAUGAGUCUUAUGAGGGUAUGCUGAAGAAGAGGAAAGAAGAACUUCUUCAUCAUGCAAAAGAACUAGGGCCUGAUGCUGAGAAGAAUGAAGAGGAGGGUAAACUCACCAUUCCCAAAGUCAAACCAGAGAAAAUUGUGCUCUCUCCAAGCAUGGAGGCUCCUAAGAUCAUAGAACGGAUCCAGAGCCAGACAGUUUGCCUGGAAGAUGAAGUACACUUUCGCUGUAGAAUCACUGGUAAACCAGAUCCAGAAUGUCAGUGGUUCAAGAAUGGUGUCUUAAUGGAGAAGUCAGACCGGGUUUACUGGUAUUGGCCAGAGGACCAUGUCUGUGAAUUAGUGAUAAAAAAUGUCUUAGCUGAAGACUCAGCAAGUGUAAUGGUCAAAGCCAUAAACAUUGCUGGAGAGACCUCAAGCCAUGGUUUCCUACUGGUUCAAGGCAAACAAGUUGUUUCAUUCACACAACUUCUAGAAGAUCAGAAUGCUAAAGAGAAGGACACCAUGGUGACCUUUGAAUGUGAGACGAACGAGCCAUUUGUGAAGGUCAAAUGGAUGAAGAACAAUGCAGAAAUUUUCUCAGGUGACAAAUACAGAAUGCACUCUGACAGAAAGGUGCACUUCCUGUCAGUGCUGAUAAUUUCUAUGAAUGACGAAGCAGAGUACAGUUGUGUGGUUGUUGACGAUGACCACAUAAGAACCAGUGCCUCACUUUAUGUUGAAGGUGCACCACUUGAAAUAGUAAAGAAUCUUGAGAAUAUGGAAGUACCUGAGACAUACUCUGGAGAGUUUGAGUGUGUUUUGUCCCGUGAGGAUGCUGAAGGCACCUGGUAUUUUGAGAACAAAGAAAUCACUCCUAGCCUCAAAUAUGUUGUGUCUGCACGUCGUGGUCGUCAUAGCCUUUCUGUGAAAGAUGUUAAGAAAGAAGACCAGGGAAAAUACACUUUUAGAGUGGGAGAUCUUAAGACAAGUGCCUCCCUUAAGAUGAAAUUGCGCCCUGUGACUCUGAUGCAAGGUCUUUCUGACCUGACAAUCUGUGAGGGUGAUAUUGCCCAACUUGAGGUGCGAUUCUCUCAGGAAAAUGUUGAGGGAUCAUGGAUGAAGAAUGGCCAAGCAGUUUCUGCUUCCCAUAAGAUUCACAUGGUCAUUGACAAAGUCACCCAUAAGCUUCUCAUUGAGGACGCCAGUAAGGAUGAUGCAGGAAUGUACUCAUUUGUUGUUCCUGCUCAGGACAUUUCUUCAAAUGGAAAGCUAACAGUUCAAACUAUUGGCUUCUUGGCACCACUAAAGGAUGUUUCCACAGUGGAAGGAACUAAAGCUGUCCUUGAGGCUAAAAUCUCUGCUACUGAUAUAACUUCAGUGAAAUGGUUCCACAACAACAAGCUGGUGACAGCAAGUGAUAGAGUCCAGAUGGUUGUCAAAGGAUCUAAACAGAGACUGGCUAUUAACAGGACCUACGCAUCAGAUGAAGGACAGUAUAAAUUGAUUGCUGGCAAAGUAGACUCAACCUGUAAACUUUCUGUCCAGCCUGUAUCUAUUGUUAAGCACAUGGAAGACUGCGUUUGCACUGAGACCCAGAAUGUCACCUUUGAAGUGGAGGUAUCUCAUCCUGGCAUUGAUGCUCUCUGGACUUUCAAGGGUCAACCUUUAAAGGCAGGUCCAAAGUACAAGAUUGAGGGCAAAGGUACACACUAUAGCCUCACUGUUUUGAAUGCCAUGAAGGAUGAAGAAGGAGAGUACAUGUUUAUGGCUGGUGAAAAGGAAUCUAGAGCAAGGCUUACUGUAUCAGGUGGUGCUAUAAAUGGGCCACUCCAUGAUGUGACUGUAGCAGAAUCCCAGACUGCUGAGCUGGAGUGUGAAGUUGCUAAUCCUGCUACAGAAGGCAAAUGGCUUAAAGAUGGCCACCCCAUUGACUUCAGCGAUAAUAUCAUAAGUGAAAACAAAGGUGCUGUCAGACGCCUUGUCAUCGUCAUCACCAGGCCACAGGAUGUUGGAGAGUACACCUACCAGGUGGCAAAUUCCAAGACAUCCGGCAACUUGAAGGUUGAAGCCGUUAAAAUCAGGAAGACAAUAAAGAACCAAACUGUUACUGAGACCCAGGAGGCAGUAUUCAGUCUCGAACUCACCCAUUUAGAUGUGAAAGGAUCCCAGUGGAUCAAGAAUGGUGUUGAGAUUCAACCAAGUGAUAGAUUUGAGAUAACUGUCCAAGGCAUGGUUCACACCCUGAAGAUCAAGAACUGUAACACCCAAGAUGAAUCAGUCUAUGGGUUCAAACUUGGAAAACUCUCUGCUAAUGCCAGACUCAAUGUUGAAACUAUCAAAAUUGUGAAAAAACCAAAGGAUGUGACAUCACUACUGGGUGCCACUGCCUCAUUUGAGCUGAGUUUGUCCCAUGAUGACAUUCCAGUUAAGUGGAUGUUUAAUAAUCAGGAGCUCGAGCCAAGUUCAAAUAUUAAAACACUGUCUGAGAGGAAAGCCCACAAACUUAUCAUUCAGAGUGUUGAAGGUCACAUGGCAGGAGAAUACAUUGCUGUGGUCGGGCAUCUGCAGUGCAGUGCACAUCUUCAUGUUGAAUAUUUGGGAGUCACCAAACCUUUGAAGAACAUUGAGGUUCCAGAGACCCAUGUGGCAACAUUUGAGUGUGAAGUUUCACAUUUCAAUGUUCCAUCGAUUUGGCUGAAAAAUGGAGUUGAGAUUGAAAUGAGCGAGAAGUUUGGAAUUGUGGUGCAAGGCAAACUUCAUCAGCUGAAGGUCAUGAAUGCCAGCCAAGAGGAUGUUUCAGAAUACACAUUUGUUUGUGGAAAUGACAAAGUCUCUGCUACUCUGGCUGUAAAACCAAUUCUGAUCACAUCCAUGCUUCAAGACCUCAAUGCUAAAGAAAAAGACACUAUUACAUUUGAGGUGACCAUCAACUAUGAAGGCAUCACCUACAAAUGGCUGAAGAAUGGUGUAGAAAUCCGAUCCAGUGAUAGAUGCCAAACUCGCGCCAAACAGUUCACUCACUCGCUCACUCUCCGAAACGUUCACUUUGGGGAUGGGGGAGACUACAAGUUUGUGGCUGGAUCUGCUGAAACGUCUGCAAAACUCUUUGUUGAUGCUCGUGUGAUUGAAUUCACCAAGCACAUUAAAGAUAUCAAGGUAACUGAGAAGAAGAAGGCUAUAUUUGAAUGUGAGCUCUCUGAACCCAGUGUCCCUGUGAUGUGGAUGAAGGAUGGGCAGGAACUUGAGAUGUCUGACAGAUUCAAAGCCACCAUUGACAAAUUCCUGCAGCGUUUGAUGAUCCAGACAGUGCGCAUUUCUGAUGCUGGAGAGUACUCUGUGGUUGCUGGUGCAAGCGUUUCCAAGGCAAACCUCAUUGUGGAGGGCAAGGAUGUCCGCAUCUCUGAGCCUGCUGAGAAGGACAUCACUGUGGUUGAGAAACAGAGGGCUACAUUUGAGUUUGAAGUUAAUGAGGAUGACAUUGAAGGCCGCUGGCUGAAAAAUGGUGUUGAAAUUCAAUCUUCUGAUGAGCGUUUCAACUAUGUGACAGUUAGAAAGACACAUCGCUUGACAAUCACUGAAACUUACAGAAGUGAUGCUGGAGAAUACACUUUCAUUGCAGGAAAAAACAGGAGCACAGUCAAUCUGCAUGUCCAGAUCCCCGAGCCUCCUCAGAUCAUCAGGGACAUGCAGCCCCUGUCUGUUGAGGCUGGUAAACCUGCACGUUUCUCUGUGGAAGUGACAGGAAUUCCUCAGCCUCAGGUAUCUUGGUAUAAGAACUCUCAGGCCCUGUCUUCUGGCUUCAAGUGUAAGUUCCUGAGGGAGGGAAAUGAGCACAUUUUGUUGCUGAUUGAGGUCUUCCCAGAGGAUGCCGCUCAGUACAACUGUGAAGCUAAGAAUGACUAUGGAGUAGCCACAAGCUCUGCUUCACUUAAUGUGGAAGUUUCAGAAGUGGUUUCUCCAGACACGGUGGCUCCAGUGGCUCCACCAGUAAUUAUUACCUCACUGCAAAAUACCUCUGCUGAAGAGGGAGAAUCAGCCAAAUUCCAGUGCCGUGUCUCUGGAGAUGAUCUGAAGAUUACCUGGUACUUCAGAGAUAAGGAGAUUGUGGAGUCUGAGAACUUCAGAAUGUCUCAGUUUGAUGACACCUGCCAGCUUGAGAUCUCCAGAGCAUAUGUUGCAGAUGCAGGAGAAUACACAUGUGUUGCACGCAAUUCUGGAGGAAUGGUCUCUUGCUCCGCUGUUUUGACCGUCAAUGAUCUCAGUGUGAGAACAGUAGGUAGGCAAAGUGUUUCGAGCACUGGAAUGACUCAUUCGGAGAUGGUCACCUCCCAGACCAUGAGUGAGACUCAUUCUUCCACUAUGCAAACUUUUGAAAGUGUCUCUACGGUGAUGAUGUCCACAACAUCUGUUAAAAGCAUUGAGGUCCAACAAGUUACCUCUAUGGAAGAAUAUUCUACAAGCCCCACUUUGACCCUGAAAAUGAGUGAUGUCAUUGUCAGCCUGGGUGAUGUGGCUCAGUUCAACUGCUCCUUCAGUGGACAACCAUUUACUGAAAUUAUAUGGGAUCAUAAUGGAAGGACAAUCACAAAUACAGAAAGGGUGCAGUAUGUACAUCAAGGCGGGCUCAUUUCUCUCAUCAUAUUCAGUGUCCAUCUUGGGGACCAGGGAAGUUACUGCUGUACUGUUAAAAAUAGAAAUGGUGAAAAUCGAACAUCUGCACAGCUCACAGUGGAAGCUAAAGAAGCGAACCCCAAAGAAACCCUCGUACCUUCCGGUUCUAUCAGUAAAUCUUCUAAAACUGAAAAUGAGUCAAGUAAAAAGGCCACUGACCAAGAAAAGCAGGAAUCCCUACCGAAUGUUGGAGCCCUGACAACAAAGUGGCAGAUAAGCCGACAUUACAAUCCUGAUGUUAUCCCUUUGUUGGAGCGUGAAAUAUACGAUGCAAUGCAGCCAGAGUUCCUUGUGAAACUGUCCCCAGAAUUCCUUGCCAAACAAAGGGAGAGUGUUUCUCUUUAUUAUGUAAUCAAAGGAACCCCCUCUCCAUUCGUUGUAUGGCUACACAACCAGUUGAAUGUUGAAGAGCCAAGGUCAUACUCCUUGAAACAUGAUGGGCCAUUGUGCUGCUUAAAUGUAAAGAAUAUUGGUUCUGAACAAGGGGGCACACAUUCUUGCAAGGUUAUCAAUGUUGCAGGAGACAAAACAUGCAGCACUCAUCUCAGAGUGAAGACAGUGUCUAAAGUGGAUGAGGAGGCCAGUUAUGAAGAGGAAGCAAAAGUGUUUUCUACCUCGACUAUAUCAACUGGGGAGGACUCUUGCACAACAAGUCUUCAUUUAAAAGAAAAAAGCAAAACAUUUGAACUCCAGCCAGAGUGUAAAUUAUUUUCAGAACCAUUAGAGAAAAAGCCAGAAAAGCCAGUUUUUGUAACAAAAUUCUCAUCAGCAAUCGCAACUUUUGGAAACACGGCUAAGUUUACUGUGAUAGUUUCUGGAUUUCCUAAGCCAGUUAUUCAGUGGUACCACAAUGGCCAAUUGAUAAAAUCCUCAGCUUUUUAUACAUUUGUCCAAGAGAAGGAAGAACAUACUCUUGUCAUAACUAACAUUACCAAAGAGUUGGAAGGAGAGUAUUCUUGCAACGCGAGCAACCGAUUUGGCAAGUCAACAUGUACGUCCUAUCUUCAUGUAAAGGUGAAGGACAUAAAGGAGCAAGAAGAGACUUUUGAGCAGCCUCCAUAUUUCAUCAAAGCAAUUGAGCAUGUGAAGUGUGCAGCCGGUAGCCAUGCUCUCUUUGAAUACACCGUAACAGGGGCUCCACUUCCUGAUGUUCAGUGGUACAGAGGUAGCAAACAUAUGCAGCCUAGUAAGUACUGCAUCAUUCUGAACAAUACAGAUGGGUCUGGCUAUUUAAAGAUAUUAGGCAUUCAGCAAAGCGACAGUGAUCUUUACUCUUGUAGGGCAUCUAAUCCUCUUGGAGAAACUUCUUGCAGUGCAGAACUCAUCGUAUUCUUGGAGACAGCUUCUGAAACCACUGAAUCACGUUUGUAUAGUGUCAGUCUUCCAGAACAAGUCAGGACUAGCCUUCAGCAGGGACACCAGAUGGUUUACACCACUGGCACUGAAAACAGGCAAACUGUUACAAGUGGGCAGAUGGGUAUCUUGCAUGCUUUAGAUAUAUCUGCAGCCACUGUGCACAUGGAGCAGGUAACUCACCAAGCUACAGUGAUUCAGUCUCAUGAUGUACAAAAGAGAGUAAAAGUUGCCCCUGCCCAGCCAAUGCCAGUGGUGGCAACUCCUCUGAAACAGCUGCAUAUGGCUGCAAUGGCCUCUGCUGUUCAAGAAAACCAAGGCUUUACUGAGCAGCACUGUCAUCAAAUUGUUAGUCCAGAAGUACGAGAGCUUGAAUUGAGUGUUGAGGAGCACUCAAAACUUAUGUCCGCCAUUUCAGAGAGUUCUACACCUCUUAGCAUAGUGAAAGCUGAGGAUUUGAUAAAAAGUGAAACUGAAAAGAUACAAACAACUUCAGAGCCAAAGGUUAUUGUUAGUGGUCCUCAAGUUGAAAUUAAGUUACCAAUUCUAUGGGAAGAAUGCACAAAAAUUAAAAGUCCUGAAGAGGAGAAAAGCUACAGAGUUACAGAAGGGGUUAAGUUAUUGUAUACUGCAACAUCAUCGGAGAAUGUAGCACUUACAGAAGGUCAUUCUUCAGAGCUAGCAACUUUUGAGUCCAUUGAAUGUUUAGCAGAAAAAGAACAAGCCAAACCAGUGCUUACAUCAGUCAGUGAGACUAAGCACACUCUUUUAAAAGAAAAAUACUUUGAAAUGCAUAGUCCAGACGAGGAAACUGCUCAGCUCUCUAAAGAGCCAAUAUUAAAAUCAGCCCUGAUUACUGAAGAAAAAAACAAGCUUCAAGCUGACAAAACCACUGGAAUACCUAUUCUAGAGCAUCCUUUUUCAGUUCAUUCCCAAAAAGAAGAGGAUCAGGUGCUUCAUUUACAGCUUAUCAGUGACCAAGACACUCUUUUAUCUGAGGGCAGAUUUACUAGUGAGAAGCCAGGUUUCGAGCAGGUGGCUGUCAAAAAAAUGCCAAUUCUUUUGCACGCAGUUUCUUCUGAUGACCAGAAAACUGUUUUUUAUGAACAGGCAACACAGUUAGCAUCCAAGGAUACCACAAUUGUUGUAAAGCCCAGAGAAGAGUUUCCUGCCCGAUUACAUCUUCACUCGGUGCAGUCGGAUACUACUUUAUAUAAAGAAGGGUUAUUUUCAGUCGAAAAGCCAGAUGAACAGAAAGCCAUCCAGAGACAAGAAAAAGACCGUAAAUUUGUAGCCACUAAAGAAGAACGUGUAAAACUAACUUCAGAUUAUGCCAAAGGUCUUGAUGUGAUGGUAGAAGGUCUUAAGAUUGAGCACAAAACAGAAGCCAGACCCUUGAGUGUGCUUCAGGUAGUCUCACAGACUGAUCCGCUUUCAAAGGAAAGCCCUCUGGUCAGUGAAGUCAAGCUGCAUUGUGCAAUUGUGCAGAAAGAGGAUUGGUGGAAUAACAUGCAUGCAGCAUCUGUGUCAGAAUCUCAUUCAAUAGAAGAGGGUCUCACAGACAGUUUCAAAGCAGUUGAGAAAUGUACUUGUAAGACAGAUGUAGAACCUAAAGUACCGGUUCAGUCUUAUCAUGUAGAGGAAAAAGACAUAUCAACAGAAAGUUGUGUUUCUCUUGAGGCUGCAGAGCAAGACUUUGCAGUUCAGAUUCAAGAAGGUCAAUCUGUAAGGCAUUCAAUACUUAUGGAGGAAAAACAUACUUUGACAGGUGAAAUGUCUCAGGGAUUUACCAGAUCAGAGGCAACUGAAAUAAACAUUACAACUCAGCCACUAGAACCUCUUUUAGUAAGUGAAUCGCAGGAAAGCAAAACUCUUCCAAAGGAGCUUACCUUUCUAAUUCCUGUACCAAAAUCACACAGCUUGGACAUCAAAGAACAGUUGGAAAUGACACUUCGAUGUGCUGUGGCUUGUGAGCAACCUUUGCUUUUGGCAGAUGUAGUGCAAAGUUUAGAAGUCGGGGAAGUAAAGGAGGUCAGGGUGCACAUGGAACCGAAAUACUUGAUGUUCACUUACCUUAUUACAACAGCUGGUCCACCCGUUGAAAUUACAAUUGCCUUCGAGAGUGAAUACCCACAGACAGCAGCUCUUAAAAAUGAGUUUCAUGCUGCUUUCUACUCCAUGCUUAAUCAGGAGAAACCCAUCUUGACCUCUGAACAGUCAAACAUCUUAAAAUAUGACAGACCUGAGAGAUUGCAGGUUAGCAAAGCUUCUUCAUAUCCAUUAUCCUCAGCAAUUUUAACAGAAAAUGUUGAAGUGUUUGCAACACCCAAAAUGCAGUCUGCUGCUCUGCAAACAGAAGCUAAAGUCUCUUUGCAAUCUGCAAUGUCUCAAAAGCAAACUGCUAUCCAGGAGUCAAGGCACCAUGUGACUCAGAAGACUGUUGAAUCCAAGAUGGAGAUCCACAGUUUCACUGAGACUGAACACAGGGAAAUGAAAAUUGUUUCAGAUAUUACAGUUGAUGCACCUCACAGGCAGGAAACUGUGGAAGAGCCUAUGGAUGUUCUUCUUCAAGAAGACAAACGAGAGGAGGUUUUAACAGAGGACAUUUUGACUGAAAAGCUCUUUUUUGAAAUACCAUUAAAAGAUCUUAAUGCAGAGGAGAAUUCCAAGGUUACAUUGUCUGUGAGAAUAAAAGGUGUAAAAAGUGUAAACUGGCUUUUGAAUGGAGUAUUGAUCAAAUCUGGCAAAGAGUUCAAAUGUUUAAAGGAUAAUGACUCUUACACACUCUUAAUCAACAAAGUUAUCAAGAUGAAACAUGAAGGUGAAUAUACCUGCGAGGCUGAGAGUGAAGCUGGCAAGAUAUCAUCCUCAUCAAGGCUCACUGUUGUGUCAAGAGUGCCUCCAGUUUUCAAAAAGAAGAUUUGUGACGUGCAGAGCAACAUUGGCAGCCCAGUGAAGUUUGAAUGUGAAAUUGAAGAGACACCCAAUGUGACCUUCAAGUGGUCCAAGUCUGGCUCAGAGAUUAGACAGAGUGACAAAUUCAGGAUCAUCAGCAGGCAAAGCACAUCAUCUCUAGAGCUCCUCAACCCAACAAAGGAUGACAUUGGUGAAUACAGCUGUCGCGCUUCAAACAAGCACGGUAGUGACACCUGCUCUGCUAACCUGAGCAUCACUGGACCUGCCCGCUUUGUGAAGAAGUUGACCAACCUAUCUAUUCCAAUGAGCAAAAAACUAAGACUUGAAUGCACGUUCACUGGAGCUCCAAAAAUGUUUGUCACUUGGUACAAGGAUGGCAAACAGCUCUAUGCUUCAUAUAGAUACAACACCAACGUUACAACAAACUCCUGUAUCCUGGAGUGUUUGCAUGAGUGCAACAAUGAGACUACAGGAAGAUACUCAUGUGAAGUUUCAAAUAUUUAUGGGACAGAUAUAUGUCAUGCUCAAGUAGUGGCAGUUACAGAACCUGCCCGCUUUGUGAAGAACUUGACAGACCUAUCUAUUCCAAUGAGCAAAAAAAUAAGACUUGAAUGCACAUUCACUGGAGCUCCAAAAAUGUUUGUCACUUGGUACAAGGAUGGCAAACAGCUCUACGCUUCAUAUCGAUACAACACCAAAGUUACAUCAAACUCCUGUAUCCUGGAGUGUCUGCAUGAGUGCAACAAUGAGACUACUGGAAGAUACUCAUGUGAAGUUUCAAAUAUUUAUGGGGCGGAUAUAUGUCAUGCUCAAGUAGUGGCAGUUACAGAACCUGCCUGCUUUGUGAAGAACUUGACAGACCUAUCUAUUCCAAUGAGCAAAAAAAUAAGACUUGAAUGCACAUUCACUGGAGCUCCAAAUAUGUUUGUCACUUGGUACAAGGAUGGCAAACAGCUCUACGCUUCAUAUCGAUACAACACCAAAGUUACAUCAAACUCCUGUAUCCUGGAGUGUCUGCAUGAGUGCAACAAUGAGACUACUGGAAGAUACUCAUGUGAAGUUUCAAAUGUUUAUGGGAUGGAUAUAUGUCAUGCUCAAGUAGUGGCAGUUACAGAGCCUGCCCGCUUUGUGAAGAGGUUGACAGAUAUGGCUGUCCCACUCAGUCAGAAACUGAGACUUCAGUGUACAUUCAAUGGAGCACCGAAGAUGUUUGUCACAUGGUACAAAGAUGGAGAGCAACUGUACGCCUCAUACAGAUACAACACAAGGAUCAUUGAGAACACUUGCGUUUUGGAAUGCCUCCAUGAAUGUAACAAUGAAACACCUGGAAAAUACUCUUGUGAAGUAUCAAAUUCCUUUGGCACUGAUAUCUGUCAUGCCGAUAUAACUACAGCUACAGAACCUGCCUGUUUUGAACAGAAGCUUAAGGACAAAAAAGUUGCCAUGAGUAAAAAACUGAAGCUUGAGUGCACGUUUACUGGAGCUCCUAAAAUCUUUGUCACCUGGUACAAGGACGGCAAACAAAUAUAUGCCUCUUACAGAUAUAAUACUCAAGUUGUUGGAAACACUUGCACUCUAGAAUGUCUACAUGAAUGCACUAAAGACACUCCUGGUAGAUACUCCUGUGAGGUGUCCAAUUCCUAUGGAAGUGAUAUCUGUCAUGCUGAAGUGACCACAGUUUCUGGACCUGCCCGUUUUGUGAAGAAACUCACAAACCAGACUCUUCAAUGGGGACAAAAGUUGAGACUUGAAUGCUCCUUCACAGGAAUUGAAAAACUGUUUGUCACAUGGUACAAGGAUGGCAAACAGGUCUACGCUUCAUAUAAGUGCAACACAAAAGUAAUUGGAAACACUUGCAUUUUGGAAUAUCAUCAUGAGUGUGAUGAGGAUACUCCUGGAAAAUAUUCUUGUGAGGUUACAAAUGAAGAUGGAUCCGAUAUUUGUCAUGCGCUGGUCACCCUUGCGACAGAGCGCAAAAUUCCACCAACUUUCACUAAGAAACCCUCAGAGCACAUUGAGGAUGCCGGGGGAAAAUUGGUGAAGCUUGAGGGUCGAGUAUCUGGGUCACAGCCUCUAUCUGUAAGCUGGUAUAAAGAUAAUAGAGAAAUCAACACUUCUGACAUCUAUGACAUUUCCUUCAAGAGCAGCACGGCUGUGAUGUGUCUCAAGAAUGCCACAGUCACAGACAGUGGCGUUUAUACAUGCAGCGCUUCUAAUGAAGCGGGCACUGCCUCCUUCAAGGUGGUGGUUAACAUCACAGAGCAAAAAAGGCCACCGACUUUUGACAUUCCCCUUAAACCAGUGACAGUGAGUGAGGGAGAGAGGCUAAACCUUAGCUGUCAUGUCUGCGGGUCUCCCCCAAUGAAGAUUCAGUGGAUGAAGGACAGAAGGGAGGUCACAUCCUCUGCUAGAACCAAGACGAUUUUUGUGGAUGGCACAGCCACCCUGGAGAUAAACCAGACAUCUAAAACUGAUGCAGGAGAUUAUCUGUGCAAGGCAACCAACAGUGCUGGUAGUGAAUUCUCCAAGGCCAAAGUCACAAUCAAAGAUAAAGCAAGUGCAGCACCUGCAACAGCACCGGCAGCCCCCACAGCACCUCAGACAGUUAAAAAACUGGAUAACUUGUUCUUCAUUGAGGAGCCCAAGAGCAUUCAUAUUGUUGAGAAGGGUACAGCUACCUUCAUUGCUAAAGUUGGUGGUGAUCCCAUUCCCAAUGUGAAAUGGAUGAAGGGCAAAUGGAGGCAGAUGACUCAUGGUGGUCGGGUCAACAUUCAACAAAAAGGCCAAGAGGCCAAGUUGGAGAUCAAAGAGGUGACCAAAUCUGACUCUGGUCAGUACAGAUGUGUUGCCUCAAACAAACAUGGAGAAAUUGAGUGCAGCACAGAUUUGAAUGUUAAUGAGAAGAAAGACUCUGGACCACAGGUGGUCAAACUGAAGAAGACUCCAUCAAAGCAGAAAAGUCCAAAGGAAGACAAAGACAUUGACAUUGUUGAGUUGCUAAGAAAUGUAGAUCCAAAAGAGUAUGAGAAAUAUGCUCGCAUGUAUGGAAUCACAGACUUCCGGGGUCUCCUUCAAGCUAUUGAGUUUCUGAAAAAGGAGAAGGGUGAAGAAAGUGGACGACCGGAAAGUGAACAUGGAAGAGAAUAUGAUGAGGAUUUGGCUAAGCUUGUGUCUGAUUUGCAGAGGAGAAUGGAACACAGUGAACCUGUUACCCUGCUUAAAGACAUCACAGAUCAGACAACGCAAGUUAACAAAGAGGCAGUGUUUGAGUGUGAGAUUAAAAUCAACUAUCCAGAAAUUACACUGUCUUGGUAUAAAGAUACACAGAAGCUAGAAACUAGUGAUAAAUACGACAUUAAACUCGUGGGCGACCGUCAGAUAUUGAAGAUCAAGAACUGUCAGACCAGUGACCAGGGAAAUUACCGUGUCGUUUGUGGGCCACAUAUAUCCAGUGCCAGACUGAUAGUGUUGGAGAGUCAAGUUAAUGUUCAGAAACCAUCACCUGCUGAUCAAAUUCAGUUCACCAAGCGCAUUCAAAAUAUUGUGGUGAAUGAGCAUCAGUCUGCCACUUUUGAGUGCGAGUUGUCUUUUGACAAUGCGUUCGUCACCUGGUAUAAAGAUACAUGGGAGCUUAAAGAGAGCCCGAAAUAUACCUUUAGGUGUGAGGGACGAAGGCACUUUAUGAUAAUCCUUAACGUAACAUCUGACGAUGAAGGUGUGUACUCUGUGAUUGCGCGCCUGGAGCCUGUUGGUGAAACUAAAAGUACAGCAGAGCUUUAUCUGUCAGGAAAAGAAUUUGAAAUAAGACCACGUUCUUUUGAUGUUCCUGAUACAUCGAUACAUGUGCCAGAUGUGUCAUCUGUGAUUAGUUUAAAAGAUGAAUCCUCAGAAUUUCAUUAUGAAGAGAAGUUUGAAAUAACAGAGUGUCAGAACUGGACAGUUCAAGAGGAGAGUGUUACUUAUGAAUUCUCUUCACUGCAAGAAUUGAAGAAACCUGUUGAGGAGAUUGUAACGAAACAUGUAGUGGAAAGGACAGAGGAGGUGCCUACGAAAGUUAUGAAGCAACCAGAAGAGACAACCGAAACAUCCUUUGUACAGCCUCCAGUUCCUGAGAAAGAACCUGAAGUCAAGAAGCCUGUUGAGGAAAAAGACCGAACUGUCAAGGUGACAGAGCAAAAAGAACAACCCACAUGCAAAGAGCCUAAACCUCAGGUGCCAGCAGAACCAAAGGCUACAGUGGCUGAACCAAAGCCUGAACCUAAGUCUGAGCCAAAAGCUCUACCCAAACCCGAGCCCAAGCCUGAGCCCAAAACUCUACCGAAACCUGGGCCCAAGCCUGAGCCAAAAUCUCUACCUAAACCUGAGCCCAAGACUGAGCCAAAAACUCUACCGAAACCUGAGCCCAAGCCUGAGCCAAAAGCUCUACCGAAGCCUGAGCCCAAACCUGAACCCAAGCCUGAGCCAAAAGUUACACCAAAGCCUGAGGCUGAACCUAAGCCUGCAGUUGCAAAGAAAGUUGAGGCACCCUCUGUCAAAGCACCUGAAGCGCCAAAAAAACCAGAAGCUGCACCUCAACCAUCCUUAGAUAUUAAAAAAGUUGAGGCUUUAACUCCAAAGCCAGACACUACUCAAAUAAAAGCUUUUGUGGAGAUGAAGGGAAUAGAACCACCAAAAGUAAAGCUAGACAGAAAACCAGAGCCUGCACAUGCUGCCGCUGAGCCACCAAAGAAAGAAGUCUCUACACUACUGCUAGAAGAAUCUAACAAAGAUCAUUUGCCUGUCCAGUCUGAGCCAUCAAGUGUAGAGCCAGCUAGUCAGCCUGAAACUACACAAAGCCAGCCUCCUGAGCCAGUUAGAAAACAAGUAGUCAAAGCUCCACCAGAUGUUAUAGUUGAACCAACAAGAAAACAACCUCAUCAAGAAGUUUUCAAAGCAGAGUCAGUUGGAAACACUGAGCCUUUACCCAAAACUUCAGAGUCACCUCAAACAGAUCAAGCUAAAAAGCAAGUGCCAUCAAAGAGUGAACCAACCCCUAAAAUCAGUGAGCCAGCACUUGCUCACAAAAAGGAGGGUCAUCCACAGAAAGUGGUUGAAGUAAAGGCUGCAGAACUACCAUCUGAGAAAAAGCCUGUGACUAAAGCUAAAAUGGAGACUGAGAUUCCCUCAGCCAAAGUCUUUGCAGCAUCUGAGAAGAAAACGGACACAUUUUCUCAUACAGUGGAAGCAACUCAGAAGAUUUCCAUGGAUGAAAUGUUUUUGAAGGAGGAAAUUGUGGAAGAGAGUGAAAGCAUGCCUCAUCAACCAGAGGAAAUUUUGUCUUAUCAAGAUCGUAUUGUAAGGAUGGAUGUUAGUCAUCACAGUAGAGAAUCAGCUGCUGAGGAUGUGAAGAUAAUUGAAACAGAGGUUUCCCAGAAGCCAGAACUUUCUUUUGAGCUAAUAAAAACAAAGGAGAUACCUGAGAUGAAAUGGUCAAAACAAGAAAUGCACAUUGAGAAAAAGGAACGGAAAUUAGAGAUGUCCAGUGUUGAAACGUCUCCAGAAGCUGUGGUAGAAGUUGGCAUUGAGGCACCACAGAAAAGGCAAGAAUUUAUGUCAGAUAAAAAGAAAACAACUAAAGAUAUGCCUCUACAAAAGAGAGAUGAUACCCCUAGAAAAGAGAUGGCCAUUCAGAGAGAAAUAGAUGUUCACAAGAAAGAGUCUAUUCACUUACAGCAGUCUGUUCAUGAAAACAAGAGAUUACAUGAGGAAACCCCUCAGAAAUCACCAGAGAUAACACCAAUAGUAAAACCAGAAGAAAAUGGAACUAUAUUAAAGGAAGUCCAUAAAGCACUUGAAAGAGACGAGAAGACCCAGGCUGUUGCAACUCCUGUGUCAGAAGUUGUUUCUCCUACAAAAGAACCAGAAAUAGUGAAGAAACCUGAACCAGAAGUCCCAAAACCAACUGUGGCUUCAGCUGAACAGAAAAUAUCACCUCCAUCAAAAGAGCCAACUGUUGAAAGGAAACCAUCACCUGAGGCACCAAAGCCAAGUGUGACUCCAGUUGAACGGAAAAUAUUGCCUCUUUCAAAAGAGUCAACUGUUGAAAAGAAACCAGUUCCUGAAGUACCAAAGCCAACUGUGGCUCCAGUAGAACAGAAAAUAGUAUCUCCUCCAAAAGAGCCUACUGUUGAAAAGAAACCAUCUCCUGUGGCACCAGAGCCAACAGCAGCUCCAAAAGAACAGAAAGUCUCUCCUCCCACAGAUGCAGAUAAGGGCCCUGUUACAGCUCCUGGACCUGCUGGCAAAGAAACAACUAGCACCACACAAGCACUUCUUAAACAAAAGAGUAAAAUUCACAUCAAGGAAGAGGAAAAAUUGGAAAUGCCAACCGUAAAGAAAGUAACCAGAAGAUCAAAAGAACAUCAGGAAGAUCGUGAAGUUAUAUCACUUAAGAAAGUAAACCAGAUUCAGUGUGAAGAACCACCAACAGAUGAGGGGCCACUUCUCCGGAAAGUUGAGAAAGCUGAAAUAGUUGGAGAGGAGAUGGUGUAUUCAAAGGCUGUUACUGAAAUCAAACUCGCCAGCAACUAUGAAGUCACAGAAGAUACUUGGUCAUAUGAAACCGCUACAAAAACAAAGAAAAUAUCUAAAGAGGAGGGAAAGAAGACUGAACAAUACAAGGAUGUGAUGAAGAAGAAAGAGAUUACUACUGAAAUAGGUGGAGGAGAAGUAGAAAAUAAGGGUAAACAAGGAAGUAAAAUUCCAAUGGAAGAUGAACCUAAGAUACCUCAGAAAAAGGUAACUAAGGCAAUAUCAACUGAGAAAGAACAGGAAACUGUCAAAUUAAAACCUGCCGAGAAAUUAGACAAAGCUGUUGUAGGUCCCCAGAAAGACAGCAACAUAGACAGGAGCAGUGAUAGUAUUGGUGUCCAAAAACACGAAAGGCUUAUAAAGGAUGAGCCUGUUUCAAAAAAAGAAAUAGAUGUGACACCUACAGAUCAAAAAACUAAAGAACCCAUAAUUCCAAAACCUGUUGUGGCUAAAGAUGAAAUCUCCAAAGAACCUGAGACAUUUCCAAAGAAAGCAAAGAGAAUUCUACCACAGGUUGAGGAGCCAGAAACUGUUACACUAAAACCAUUUUCCAAAGAAUCUCAUGCUGAUGUAACUGCUGAAAUGGUUCCUCAAAAGCAAACUGAGAAAAAGCCUGUAGACAUUACGCAUCCAGAGAGACCGGAAACAACACAUAUCCUGAAGGAACCUCACAUCCAGGUAAAAGAACCAGGAAAAAGUGAAAAAAUAUAUGAAGAGGCUAAAGAGAUCAAAAAGCUAGAGUCACCCCAUGAGUAUCAGCCCAUGAAGAGUACUACUACUCCAGAAAAGACACAGGAAGGUCCCAAAGAAGAGGGGAAGGGAAUAGCUAAAAAACACAAAAUGAUUCCAAUGGAUAAAACGAAAAAAGAAGAGGUAUCGUUGAAACCUAAAAAAGGAAAAAUAAUUGCAGAUAAAACUCCUUCACCAAAGGUAGAUAAACCUAGUCCUCAAGUCACUCCACUGACUAAAAAGAGUCUAAAAGAGGAUGAUAAACCAGAAAUGGCAAAAAAAAUUGGUCUUUCACCAAAGGAAAUUCAGAGAGAAGAGGAAAUAUCACUGAAGCCUAUAGAACCUGCAGAGCUAAAAAAGACUCCUUCACCAAAAGUGGAGACACAAAAACCUAAACUCACUGAAUCCGUUCCAAUGGAAAGAAAGUCUAGUGCAAAAUCACCCAAGAAGAUUUCACCAAAAGAUUCACUUGAGUCUGUAAUUCUGAAGAAGGUCUCAAAGACAGUCUCCCCCAAAGAAGAAAAGACUACUCAGGAACCUCCUUUAAAAACUACUGAAGACAAACUGCCAAUGGUAAAGGAGUUGUCUCCUAGUCUUCUGCAUCUACAAAAGAUUCCUACACAGCAAGAGGAGAUAGUAUAUGAGCAUGAGCAGGAGGUGGUGGAUGGUGAAGAAGAAGAAACUUGGGGAUGGGAACUUGCUCCUAGGGACAGUUAUGGAUCCGAAACCUUUGAUGACGCCUUGGAGGAUGGAGCUGUUGAAACCCCAGGAAUGGGUGACAAGAAAGAUGGAAAACCAAAGGAGGAACCAGCUCCAGGCAGAGGCAGAGGACUAAGACCAAGACAAACUCCAUCUCCUGGUGAUGCUGGAAGGGGUAGAGGGCUGAGACCUGGUGGUGGAGGUGACAAGCCUCCAGGAGAAUCACCAUUUGGUUUCCAACUCAAAGCCGUCCCCUUGAAGUUUGUGAAGGAGCUCCAGGACAUUGUGUUGCAGGAGGCUGAGUCCAUUGGCUCCUCUGCUGUAUUUGAGUGCCAAAUCUCUCCAUCUACUGCUGUCACCACCUGGAUGAAAGAUGGAAGCAAUAUAAGGGAGAGUCCAAAGCAUAAAUUCACAUCUGAUGGCAAAGACCGCAAACUGCAAAUCAUUGAUGUACAGCUUUCAGACACUGGGGAGUACACAUGUGUUGCAAAGCUUGGCAACAAGGAGAAGACCUCAACAGCUAAACUUGUUGUAGAAGAAUUACCUGUGAAAUUCACAAAGAAUCUGGAAGAAGAGACCUCCGUGUUCAAGGGGCAGCCAAUGUAUUUGACCUGUGAGUUGAACAAGGACAGAGAUGCGGUCUGGAAGAAGAAUGGACAAGAGAUAAAGGAAAUUCCUGGCAAAAUUCAAAUCAAUGUUAUUGGGCUACAGCGUACCAUCACAAUCCAGGACGCGAACGAUGAUGAUGCUGGUGUUUACACAUGCGAGUGUGAAAACAUCAAAACUCAAACUAAUGUCAAGGUUAUUGAAAUCAUUAGAGACUGGUUAGUGAAACCUUUGCGGGACCAGCAUGUGAAGCCCAAGGCCACUGCUACAUUCAAAGGCGAGCUCUUCAAGGACACCCCUAACUGGAAGUGGUACAAGGGUAACGAUGAAAUCCCUAAUGAGCCCACAGAUAAGACUGAGGUGAAGAAGGAGGGUAAAGAUAUUACUCUUACAAUUAAAAAUGCCCAGCCUGAUGACGUUGCUGAGUACACUGUGGAGGUUGAAGGCCGCAGAUAUGCAGCAAAACUAACACUUGGAGAACGUGAAGCGGAGAUCUUGAAGCCUCUUGCUAGUAUGGAGGUGGUUGAGAAAACGGAGGCCAGCUUUGAUACUGAAAUUUCAGAAGAUGAUACAUGUGACAUCAGAUCUGAGGGAACAAAACGAUUCCUUACUAUCAAAAACGUUCAGCUUGAUCAAUCUGGAGAAGUUACAUACCAAGCUCUGAAUGCUGUGACAAGUGCUAUGCUCACAGUAAAAGAGUUGGAAAUGGAGUUCACAGUCCCUCUGAAGGACGUUACUGUGCAUGAAAAGAAACAGGCAAAGUUUGAGUGCUCCGUCAAUAAGGAUGUGCCUAAAGUGAUUUGGUUUAAGGGUUCUGAUAUUGUUACACAAGGAAAUAAGUAUGAAAUCAUUGAUGACGGAAAGAAACACAUACUCAUUAUAAAUAACUGUGGCUUUGAGGAUGAGGGUGAAUACAGUAUUGAGGUCUUGGGCAAAUCAUCAAAAGCAAAACUGAUGGUAGAGGGUAUGAGGCUGAACUUCACCUCAACAUUAAAGGACCUAACUGUGAAGGAAGGUAAAACAGCUGUAUUUGAGCUUGAACUCUCUCAUGAGAAUGUUGCCGUGACGUGGUACAAAAAUGAAAUAAAAGUGCACCCAAGCAGAACCGUGUUCACCAGCGUGGUGGGAAAGAAACAUACACUAGAAAUUAAGGAAGUAUCACUAGAUGAUACUUGCCUGAUAAAAGCAGAGGCUAAAGGAAUAUCUACAAUGGCUAAGCUGCUGGUAAUAGAGGGUGAUGCAUUUUUCAGCUCCAAGUUACAAGAAUACACCGCAGUUGAGAAAGAUGAAGUCACAUUUGACUGCGAGCUCAGUAGAGAUGUUCCUGUGAAAUGGUUCAAGAAUGAAAUUGAAAUUAAAGCCUCCAAGAUGAUUACUUUGAAAGCUGAAGGCAAACGGAGAAUCCUCAAUCUUAAGAAAGUUGAGAACAAAGAUAAAGGAUUAUAUGUUUGCGACUGUGGAACAGACAAGACUUCGGCCAACUUGAACAUUGAAGCUCGUGACAUCAAAGUGGUGCGACCAUUGUAUGGUGUUGAGCUCUUUGAUGGUGAGACAGCUCGUUUUGAGGUGGAAAUCUCUGAAGAUGAUGUCCAUGGCCAGUGGAAGCUGAAGGGCGAAGUCUUAUCCUCGUCACCUGAUGUUGAGAUUAUUGAGGAUGGUGCAAAACACACAUUAACACUCUACAACUGCAAAGUUUCCCAAUCUGGAGAGGUGGUCUUCCAGGGAGCGAAUGCUAAGUGUUCUGCAAAUCUUAAAGUGAAAGAUUUGCCCAUUUCUUUUGUCAUGCCUUUGAGCGAUGUACAAGUCUAUGAGAAAGAUGAUGCAAGAUUUGAAAUUGAAAUGUCAAGAGAGGCUAAGGCCGUCCGUUGGCUAAAGGGAUCUCAGGAGUUGAAGGCUGAUGAAAAGUUUGAAAUCCUCGUAGAAGGGAAAAGACACAUUCUGGUGGUCAGAUCUGCUGCCUAUGAGGAUGAGGCUAAGUAUAUGUUUGAGGCUGAGGACAAGAGGACAUCUGCCAAACUUGUUAUUCAGGGUAUCCGUCUUGAGUUUGUCAGACCCAUUAAAGAUGUCACUGUUAAAGAGCGUGAGACUGCAGAAUUCAGCAUUGAGCUCUCUCAUGAGAAGAUACAAGUCACCUGGUACAAGAAUGACAUGCGUUUGCAUCCAAGUAAAGUGGUACACAUGUCAGAGGAUGGCAAAACCCAUACUCUGUCCUUCAAAGAGGUGUCUAUUGAUGACACUUCUCUAAUUAAAGUUGAGGCCCUUGGGAAAAGCUCUGAAGCAAUGCUCACUGUACUUGAGGGAGAACCUUACUUUACUACCAAGUUGCAGGACUACACUGCAGUUGAGAAGGAUGAGGUUGUCCUGAUGUGUGAAGUGAGCAAAUCAUCUGCUCAGGUGAAAUGGUUCAAAGACGGCAAGGAGAUCACUCCCUCUAAGAACGUCCUCAUCAAGGCUGAUGGAAAGAAACUUAUCUUGACAGUGAAGAAGGCAGAGAAGGCCAACAUUGGUGAAUAUGUGUGUGACUGCGGCUCUGACAAAACAGCAGCCAAGCUUAACAUUGAAGAACGUGAUAUUAAGUUUAUCCGUCCACUGUACAGUGUGGAGGUCACAGAGACAGAGACUGCUCGCUUUGAGACAGAAAUCACUGAGGAGGAUGUUCAUGGUAACUGGAAACUCAAAGGAGAGGCCCUGCACCAGUCUGCCGACUGUGAGAUUAAGGAGGAAGGCACCAAGCACAUGCUUAUUCUUUACAAUGUUCACAUGGAUAUGGCUGGUGGUGUGGACUUCAGUGCUGCUAAUGCUAAAUCAAGUGCUCAGCUCAGAGUUAAAGCACGCACAAUUGGCCUCCUGCGACCUCUUCGGGAUGUCACUGUCACUGCUGGAGAGACUGCCACCUUUGACUGUGAGCUCUCAUAUGAAGAUAUUCCAGUUGAAUGGUUCGUUGGCUCAACAAAGAUGGAGCCAAAUGAUAGGGUGGUCACCAGAGCAGAAGGAAGACUGCAUUCUCUGACUCUAAGAGACAUCAAGAUGACAGAGGCCGGGGAAGUGAAACUUACUGCAAAGGACUUUGUGACCCAGGCCAAACUUACUGUGAAUGAGCCACCAGUUGAGUUCACCAAGCCCUUGGAGGACCAGACUGUUGAGGAGGAAGCCACAGCCAUUCUGGAGUGUGAACUGUCCAGGGAGAAGGCUGAUGUGAAGUGGUUCAGAGACGGACAGGAAAUUCGUAAAACCAAGAAGUAUGAGAUGGUGGCUGAGGGACGCAUAAGGAGACUGAUCAUCAAGGACUGUAGCCUUGAUGACUCCAAGACAUAUACCUGUAUUUUUUUUUUUUCAGCUCCAUUUGUUGAAUUCACAAAGCCUCUCCAUGAUGUUGAGGUUAAGGAGAAGGAAUCUGCUAAGUUUGAAUGCGAAGUGUCCCGUGAAAGUGCCAAGGUCCGCUGGUUCAAAGAUGGUGCUGAGAUCAGAAAAGGCAAAAAGUAUGAGAUUAUUGCCAAGGGAUUACAGCGUAUUCUCAUCAUCAGCAAGGCAGUAUUUGAUGAUGAAGCAGAAUAUGAAUGUGAUGCAAGGACAUCCAAAUCCUCUGGAAUGCUGACAGUUGUCGAGGAGGAAGCUAGAUUCACAAAGAACCUGUCCAAUGUUGAGGGCACGGAAACCGACAGCAUUAAGAUGAUUUGUGAGGUCUCCAAACCCAGUGCGGAGGUUACGUGGUACAAGGCUGACCAGGAGAUUCCCGAGGGUGGUAGACAUGAACAUGUUGCAGAUGGGAGAAAGAGAAUUCUCAUCAUACAGGACCUCCGUAUGGAUGAUGCUGGCGAGUACCAGUGCAAACUGCCUGCUUCAGAAACAAAAGGAACUCUAAAGAUCAGUGAAUUGGCAGCUGAGUUCAUUGCCAGGCCCCAAAACCAAGAGGCUGUUGAGGGCGAAAAGGCUGAGUUUGUUUGCUCAGUGUCUAAGGAAAAUUAUGAAGUCAAAUGGUUCAAAGGAGACAAAGAACUUACAACUGAUGAUAAGUAUGAAAUUGUCAGUGAUGGCAAGAGGAGGGCACUCAUUGUCAAAAACUGCGAGGUAAAAGAUGAGGGUGCAUUCACUGCCCACAUUGGCUCUGUAAAGGCUUCAGCAGACUUGUUGGUGAUUGAAAAACUGAGGAUAAUCACUCCCAUCAAGGAUACCCAAGUAAAGGAAGGACAAGAGAUUGUUCUUAACUGCGAGGUGAACUCAGAGGGAGCUAAAGCCAAAUGGCUGAAGAACAAUGAGAUGAUGUUUGAGAGCAGCAAGUUUGUCAUGGUUCAGAGAGACACUGUGUUCUCUCUGAGAAUAAAAGCUGCAGAAAAGGCCGAUGAAGCCAGCUAUACCAUUACACUGACUAACCAACGCGGAGAGCAGGCCAAGUGCUCUGCUAAUGUCAAUGUACUAGAGGAAGCCCUCAAGAUCAUUGUGCCACUAGAGGACUGUGAAAUAGAGGAAAAGAAGACCAUAACUUUCACUUGCAAAGUGAACAGACCAAAUGUGACAGUCCAGUGGAUGAAGGCCGGUCAAGAGAUUACUUUCAGCAAACGUAUUCUGUAUCGUGUGGACAAGGACAAGCACACUCUGACCAUUAAGGACUGCAGUCUUGCAGACGAGGGUGAAUACAGUGUAGUUGCUGGUGCUGAUAAGUCCACAGCAGAACUGAUCAUCAGUGAGGCACCCGCUGACUUCACCGCUCAACUCAGAGACCAAACCAUCACUGAGUUUGAGGAUGCUGAGUUCACUUGCAAAUUGUCUAAGGAAAAAGCCCACGUUAAAUGGUACAGGAACGGACGUGAAAUCAGAGAAGGACCAAGAUAUCAUAUGGAAAAAGAUGAAAAAGAAUGCAAGCUUGUAAUCAAAGAGUGCAGACCAGAUGAUGAAUGUGAAUAUGCCUGUGGAGUGGAAGACAAAAGGACAAGGGCACGUCUCUUUGUUGAAGAGAUUCCAGUAGAAAUUGUCAGGCCACCCACAGAUGUAUUUGAGCCUCCAGCAUCAGAUAUUGUGUUUGAGGCUGAACUAAAUAAGGACAGAGUUGAGAUCAAAUGGAUGAGGAACAACAUGAUCAUUGUCCAGGGUGACAAAUACCAGAUGAUCAGUGAGGGCAAAGUUCAUAGACUGCAGGUGUGUGAGAUCAGACCCCGUGAUCAGGGAGAAUACAGGAUUGUUGCCAAGGAAAAGGAUGCCAGAGCCAAGCUUGAGCUUGCAGCUAUUCCAAAGAUCAAGACUACAGAUCAGAACCUUGUAACAGAUGCUGGAAAGCCUUUCGUCAUGACGGUUCCCUAUGAUGCUUAUCCUCGUGCUGAGGCAGAAUGGUUUUACAAUGACAUCAGCCUUCCUGGGCAAAACAUUGACACAUCCAAUGAACGGACAGAGUACAGGCUGAAGGACCCUAAGAAGUCAGACCAGGGUCGUUACAAGAUUGUCAUCAAGAACAAACAUGGAACAGGAGAGGCUUUCAUUAAUCUUGAUGUCAUUGAUGUUCCGGGACCUGUAAAGAACCUGCAUGUUGUUGACACUGCUGAUGGUGAGGUCAGCCUUGCUUGGGAGGAACCAGAAAGUGAUGGUGGAAGCAAGAUCUUGGCUUAUGUGGUUGAGAGACGAGAUGUCAAACGCAAGACCUGGACAAUGGCCACAGACCGUGCGGACAUUCCAGAGUACUGUGUUGGUGGAUUGCAGAGGGACAACAAGUAUUUCUUCCGUGUAUGUGCUCGCAAUAGAGUUGGAAAUGGCGAGCUUGUUACUACUGAUGAGGCAGUUCAAGCCAAAAACAAAUUUGAUGUGCCUGACGCACCUCAGAAGGUUAUGGUUGGAGUUGUCAAUAGGUUUGGUGCCACAGUUUCCUGGGAACCACCACUUUUUGAUGGAGGAUCUGAGAUCACAUCUUAUAUCAUUGAACUACGUGACAGAACGUCUGUGAAAUGGGAGCCUGCUAUGGUGGUCAAAGCUGAGGAUCACACAGCCACACUCAAUGAUGUUGUCGAAAACAAAGAGUACAUCUUUAGGGUCAGAGCUGAGAACAAAGCUGGAAUUGGCCAGCCAAGCGCUGCUACAGAUCCAGUGAAGAUCAUGGAUCCCAUUGAGAGGCCAAGUCCACCUCUGAACUUCAGCUAUACAAAUCAGACCAAAGACUCAGUUCAGCUGUCAUGGGAGACACCAAUUAGCAAUGGAGGCAGUAUGAUUACGGGCUACAUCAUUGAGAAGUGUGAAGAUGGUACUGACAAGUGGUGGAGAUGUAACGCUAGGCUUUGCCCUGACCUUUACUACAGGGUUUCUGGACUGAAGUUUGGUCAGAAGUAUCACUACAGAGUAUGUGCAGAAAAUGCUGCUGGCGUUUCUGAUCCAGCUGAUGCAAUUGGGCCACUUUUGGCCGAUGAUCCUCACGUGGGUCCCACAAUGGACCUCAGUGGAUUUAAAAAUGGUCUGGAGGUCAUUGUUCCCAAUGCUCUUGUCAUCCGAGUUCCCAUUACGGGAUAUCCUGUCCCCAAACCCAAGUGGACAUUUGGUGACAAAGAGUUCACUGCAGGUGACCGUGUUUCCAUGGUUACGAGGCCUACAUACACCGAACUGGUUGUUGCUCCAAGUGUGCGUCCAGACAAAGGAACAUACACAUUACAACUGGAGAAUGAUGUGACAACUGUCUCUGGAGAGAUUGAAGUCAAUGUUAUUGCAUGUCCAAGUGCACCCAAAGACUUCAAAGUUGCAGAGGUGACCAGACAUCAUGUGCAUCUAAUGUGGGAAGCACCAGAGCAUGAUGGAGGCAGCCCUGUAAGUGGGUACAAUAUUGAGAAAAGAGAGGUUUCCCGCAAGACCUGGGUCAAGGUGAUGUCAGGCGUACAGGACCUCGAGUACACCGUCACAGAUGUCAUUGAGGGCAAGGAGUACUUGUUCAGUGUUAUUGCUUGCAACAAAUGUGGACCAGGAGAGCCAGCAUACAUUGAUGAACCCGUGAAUGUGUCCUCCCCAGCCACUGUCCCUGACCCUCCUGAGAACCUGAAAUGGAGAGACAAAUCAGCGAAGAACAUCUUCCUGCUCUGGGAACCUCCCAGAUAUGAUGGUGGUGCUGCUAUCAAGGGCUACAUUGUUGAUAAAUGCCAGCGUGGCACUGACAAAUGGGAAGCCUGUGGAGAUCCCAUACCUGAGCUUAAGUUCCAGGUGACUGGUCUUAUUGAAGGUCAGUGGUAUGCCUAUCGUGUGAGAGCAGUGAACAGACUUGGAGCCAGCCGACCAUGCAAGGCUACAGAUGAGAUCCUGGCUGUAGAUCCUAAAGAGCCACCAGAAAUCCAGCUGGAUGUGAAGCUUCUAGCAGGCUUAACUGCUAGGGCUGGCUCUAAGAUUGACUUGCCAGCUGAUGUGCUUGGCAAGCCGGAGCCAAGAGUAAAAUGGACAAAGGCUGACCUUGUCCUGAAACCAGAUGAUAGGAUUACUAUCGACACAAAACCUGGCCAUUCCACACUUUCCAUUGCAAACACAACCAGAUCUGACACGGCCACCUAUAUCAUUGAGGCAGUCAACACUAGUGGCCGUGCCACUGCAACUGUUGACGUCAACAUUCUUGACAAACCUGGCCCUCCGGCUGCUUUUGAUAUCUCUGAAAUCACCAAUGAAUCCUGCUGUCUGGCCUGGAAUGCUCCCAGAGAUGAUGGUGGCUCCCCAGUAACCAAUUACAUUGUAGAGAUGAGACCCACAGAUAAAGAAGAGUGGCAGAAACUGUCUGCUACAAUCAAACAAACUGCUUUCAAAGCCUCCAAACUGGUUCCUAUGAAAGAGUAUAUCUUUAGAGUGUCUGCUGAGAACCAGUAUGGCAUUGGGACUCCUGCAGAGCAUGUGCCUAUUGUUGCAAAGUAUUCAUUUGAUACCCCUGGGUCACCAACCAGGGUUCAGCCUUCUGAUAUCACAAAGGAUGCUGUAACUCUGACUUGGUUUGAGCCUGAUGAAGACGGUGGAAGCCCCAUCACUGGUUACUGGGUUGAGAGGUUUGAUCCUGAGACUGACAAAUGGAUCAGGUGUAACAAGCUGCCAGCUAAGGACACAUCGUACAGGGUGAAAGGUUUGCCAACAAAGAAGAAGUACAGGUUCCGUGUUUUGGCUGAGAAUCUUGCAGGACCAGGAAAGCCAAGUGCUGAGACUGACCCAGUUUUGAUUAAAGAUCCAAUUGAUCCUCCUUGGGCUCCUGGGAAACCAUUCAUCAAAGACAUUGCCAAGACUUCAGCACACCUGCAGUGGACCAGACCUGAGCAUGAUGGCGGCGCUAAGAUUGAGUCCUACAUAAUUGAGCUUCAAAAGAGUGGAACUGAGGAAUGGGUUCGUGUAGCUGAGGAUGUGCCAACAACAGAGCAUUUAUUGAAGGGUCUGAUGGAGAAGCAGGAGUAUUCUUUUAGAGUCAAGGCUGUCAAUGUUGCUGGAGAGAGUGAACCCAGUGAUCCAAGUGACCCUGUUGUCUGCAAAGAGAGACUUUAUCCUCCAAAUGCCCCACGCUGGCUUGAGGUGGUUAACAUUACUAAAAUCAACUGUGACCUGAAAUGGACUGAACCAGAUAGUGAUGGUGGCUCUCCGAUCACCAACUAUGUUGUUGAGAAGAGGGACGUCAGACGCAGGGCCUGGCAGCCUGUGGAUACCACAGUGAAAGAUGCCAAGUAUACUGUCACUCCGCUGAAUGAAGGCUCUCUUUAUGUGUUCCGUGUUGCUGCUGAGAAUGCAGUUGGUGUAAGCGAGUUUUGUGAACUAGAGGACUCUGUUUUGGCCAAGGAUACUUUCACAAACCCUGGACCACCCUACGCUUUGACUGUUGUUGAGGUGUCCAAGAGACAUGUUGACCUGAAAUGGGAACCACCCAGCAGUGAUGGUGGAAGACCCAUAACCAAGUAUGUUAUUGAGAAGAAAGAGAAGGUAGGCACACGCUGGGUAAAGUCUGGAAAGACAUCUGGCCCUGAAUGCAAGUACAGGGUGACUGAUGUUGAUGAAGGCUCUGAGGUACAGUUCCAGGUCCGUGCUGAGAAUGAAGCUGGAGUUGGCCACCCAAGUGAACCUACUGUUAUCAUGACCAUUGAGGAUCCCAUAAGUCCACCUUCUCCUCCACUUGAAGUCAAGAUUGUUGAUGCCAGCAGAGAGCACAUCAACAUUACAUGGAAAGCUCCAGAAAAGAAUGGCGGAAGUCCAGUCACAGGCUACCAUGUUGAGCUGUCGGAAGCUGGAACUGAGAAGUGGAUGAGGAUUAAUGCUCGUCCUGUCAAAGAGCUCAGGUUUAAGGCUGAGGAAGGCAUCAUUCCUGCGAAAAAAUAUGUUCUGAGAGUUCGUGCUAUCAAUGCGAUUGGAGUCAGUGAUCCCUCUGAAAUUUCAGAUGGUGUCUUUGCUAAAGACCCUGACUGUGCACCAACCAUGGAUCUCAAGACCCAAGACAUUGUAAUUGUUGAGGGUGAGAAGAUGGAUGUAAAAAUCCCAUACAGAGCAAUACCAAAACCAUCAAUGGUCUGGAAAAAGGGUGACACUGAAUUAAAGACUGAAGACAGACUGACGUUGACAUGUGAACUCAAUCGCGUUCACCUGGAGCUUCUCAAGUGUAAACACGAAGAUGCUGGCGAGUACACUGUUACUCUUGAGAACAGUCUGGGUUCAGUAACUGGCACAAUCACCGUAAAAGUGAUCGGCCUGCCUGGACAAUGUAAGGACAUCUCUUCCAGUGAGGUCACCAAGGACUCUUGCAAGAUCUCUUGGGAGCCUCCAGAAAGUGAUGGUGGUAGCCCGAUCUUGCACUAUGUUCUAGAGCGUAGGGAAGCUCAGAAGAAGACAUUUUUACCUGUGAUGUCUAGAGACAGUGUUUUAAGUUUUGUGGUCAAAGAUCUUAUGCUCAAUGGUGAAUAUUACUUCAGAGUGAAGGCUGUCAACAAGAUUGGUAGUGGCGAGUUUCUUGAACUCCGUAAUCCUGUCAUAACAGAAGAACAAAAACAACGCCCAGACCCACCAAUUGAGGUUGAAGGACACAAUCCCACCUCAAAUUCGAUCACUGUUACUUGGAUGGCUCCACCAUAUGAUGGUGGAUGCCCAAUCACAGGGUACAUUCUUGAGAAGAUUGAAAAAGAUGGUGACAGAUUUGAAAGAUGCAUUCCAAAUCUGGUACCUGGUUUCUCCUACACUGUUACUGGCUUGACGGAAGGAAAGGAAUACCAGUUCCGUGUCCGUGCAGAGAACAUUGCAGGAGCAAGUGACCCAUCUCGCAGUACACCAUUGAUUAAGGCUGCUGAUCCUGUUGAACCACCAAAGGUAUCACUCCAUGCCCGUAUUGCAUCUGGCCUCAGUAUCAAAAAGGGCGAGGAGAUUAGAUUGGAUACUUACAUAUCUGGAUCUCCCUACCCAACUGUUACAUGGCUUAGAAAUGAUGAGAAUGUGAGGCAGCCACCAGCUAAGAAAAAAACAGAAAUUGUGAAAAAGAAGAAAAAGUCUGUUCAGCCUGAACCCGAAGAAGAAUUCCAUCCACCACUUUUAGAUCGCCUGUCAUUCGACCAGAGCAAAAGGAGUGAAACUGCGCUGAUGGUGCGUGAUGCCAUCAGAACUGACCAUGGAAUUUUCACUAUCAGAGUUGAGAAUCCCCAUGGUUUUGCAACAGCGUCGUGUGAAGUCAAUGUUCUUGAUAAGCCUGGCCCCCCUGUUAACUUUGGAUUUGAUGAGAUCAGGAACACCUCUGUUGUUUGCAUGUGGGAUGCACCUCUUGAUGAUGGUGGCAGUGAGAUCAUCAACUACAUACUGGAAAAGAAAGACAACACUACUGAUGAGAUUGGUUGGGUAACUGUGACCUCGACCCACAAGGGAUACAAUUACCCUGUAACCAAGCUUAUUGAAGGAAAGGAGUACAUCUUCAGAGUCACAGCCGAAAACAAGUUUGGCUGUGGACAUCCAUGCUACUCUGAACCACUUAUUGCGAAGAAUCAGUUUGAACCACCUGAUGCUCCCAACAUACCUAGAAUUGGAGAGGUCACCUCCAGCACAGCUGCUCUCAGCUGGCAUGAGCCAAAGGACAAUGGUAGCCCUAUCUUGGGCUAUUGGGUUGAGAGACGUGAAGUCAACAGCAAAUAUUGGACCAGAGUGAACAACAAUCUUCUUAAUGCAUUGUCGGUUAAGGUUGAGGGUCUUAUGGAAGGCCUUGUUUACAUAUUCAGGGUCUGUGCUGAAAAUCUUGCUGGCCCGGGAGAAUUCAGUCCACCAACUGACCCUCAGACUGCAAUGGAUGCAAUCUUACCACCUGGCCCUCCUGCACCAAAAAUUGUUGAUGUCACAAAUACAACUAUCGAUAUCAGUUGGGUACCUCCAUUGUACAAUGGUGGUGGAGAAAUCCUUGGAUAUCAUGUUGAGCGCUGUCUGGUUGGAGAGAAAGAGUGGGUCCGCUGCACUGAGUUUAGAUGCAAAGACCGCAAAUACACUGUGACUGGACUGACUGAGGGAGCAGAUUAUUACCUUCGUGUGUACGCUGUAAAUGAAGCAGGUCAUGGUGCCCCAGGCAUGACUGAACCUGUUCAGGCCAAAGAACCUGAAGAGGCCCCAGGGGUUGAGUUUGAUGUCACUGUAAAGAAUGGAGUCAUCAUUAGAGCUGGAGAAACAUUGCGUCUCCCUGCUGUUGUUACUGGUCGCCCUGUACCAGAAGUUAAGUGGACAAAAGAUGAUGCAGAGCCAGACAAGGAACACACAGUUAUUGAGACAGAAGGAAAAAACAGCAGUUUAACCAUCAAAAAUGCUUUGAGAACUGACCAUGGCAUAUACCAGAUCACAGGUACCAACCCCAGCGGAACAAAGUCUGCCUCCGUUAAGGUGGACGUGAUGGAUGUUCCCGGACCAGUGGUUGACCUUAAGACAGUUCAUGUGACCAAGAAGAUGAUUUCACUCACCUGGUCAGAUCCUCUGGAUAAUGGUGGAAGUGACAUCAUGGGCUAUGUUGUUGAAAGAAAAGAUGCCAAAAUGCACAUUUACAGACAACCCUUAGAAGUUGCUGCUUGCAAAUGUGACAUUGUUGGUCUUCUUGAUGGAGAAGAAUAUAUGUUCCGUGUAGUUGCAAGGAACAAGUAUGGCCUUGGUGCUCCUGUUGACCUUGGACCUGUUUUAGCAGUGGAUCCCAAAGGAGUUCCAUCUGCCCCAGAGAAAUUGCACUAUACGGAAAGGACCAAGAACACUAUUACUUUGACUUGGGAACCUCCCCGUAGCGAUGGUGGUUCUCCAAUCAGAGGCUACUAUGUUGAAAAGGUGAGACAAGACAGCAACGAAUUUGAUGUUGCCAAUCGGCAACUCUGCAAAGACCUCACCAUCACUCUGGAAAGUCUCUCUGAGAACAUGAUGUAUGACUUCAGAGUCAAAGCUGUCAAUGAGGUUGGAGAUGGAGAACCAUCCAAACCAAUCAGUGUCAAUAUUCAGGAUGAUGAACAUUCACCAACUGUUACGUGGUUGAAAUUCUUUAAGAGUGAUGCCAUUAUUGUCAAGAAGGGAGCAGCUAUUGAAAUUCCUGCUGAAAUUCUUGGCCUACCCUUGCCUACCUUUGAGUGGACAAAGAAUGGAGUAGUUAUUGACCAACCUACUGAGACAAUGACAUUGGAAUCAGAGGAGAUUAACAGGCAAACUAUCAAUACCAAAAUUGGUAUUCCUGAAACUGUAAGACAAGAUACAGGCAUUUACAAGUUAACUGCCACAAAUACCCGUGGAGUAGGUCAACGGACAAUACGAGUGGAUAUCUUGGAUCGCCCAUUGGCACCAAGAAACAUUGUGGUGUCUGACAUCAAAGCUGAGUCUUGCUACCUAACCUGGGAUGCUCCAGAGGACAAUGGUGGAAGUGACCUCACUAACUACAUCAUUGAGAAGAGAGAUGCCAGCAAAAAGAAGUCUGACUGGGAACAGUUGACAUGCUGCAUCAUAGACAGACGUUAUGGGGUGUACAAGUUGGAGGCCUAUGGUACCUACCAGUUUCAGAUCAAAGCUGAGAACAAGUACGGGGUCAGUGAUGGUUGUGAAUCAGAAAAGGUUGUACUCAAAGAUCCAUUUGGUCUUCCUGGGCCUCCCCAGAGACCAAGGAUUAUUGGUCACACUUGCUUAUCCAUGUUGGUCACUUGGGAGCCUCCAAAAGACAAUGGUGGCUCAACCAUUCAAGGCUACUGGCUUGAAAAGAGAGAGAGAGGAGCUGUGUACUGGAGUCGUGUUAACAGGGCUCCAGUAACAAAACCAGCAGUCAAGGGCCUGGAAUACAAUGUGCUCCACCUUAUUGAGGGUGCCGAGUACCAGUUCCGUGUAAUGGCUCAGAAUGCAGCUGGCGUUGGACCUCCAAGUGAAGCAACAGAGUGUGUGUUUGCACUUGAUCCAAGAAACCCACCAGGUCAACCACCAGCACCUGAAGUAUCAGACAAAACCACAAGCAGCGUGAGUCUUUCCUGGACCUCACCAGAAAAAGAUGGAGGAAGUCCAAUAAAGGGUUACAUUGUUGAAGUUCAGGAUGAAGGUUCACAUGAGUGGAAAAGGAUCAAUACACCGGAUAAGCUGAUCCUAACCAAUUCAUACACUGUGUCAGGGCUUAAAGAGAAUAAAAAAUGCAGGUUCAGGAUUGUUGCUGUCAAUGCUGCUGGUGAAUCUGAGCCAAGUCCCAGAACUGCCGAUACCAUUGUACAAGAUAUUCUGGAGGAACCUGUCAUUACCAUGGAGGUCACAGCUCAUGAGCUUCUGAAUUGUCAUGCUGGAACAACCAUCAAGAUUCCAGCCACCAUCUCUGGCAAACCUAUUCCGAAUGUUACAUGGGACUUUGAUGGAACUGCCCCAACAGAGAAAAAGAAUGAGCGUCAUACUUUGCCAGAAGAUUCAGAAAUAUCAUCCAGUGAUACAACAUCAGUAGUGACAAUCCCUGAAUGUAAAUUAAACCACUCUGGGCGAUACAUCAUCACUGCCAGCAACCAGGCUGGCACCAAAAUCGUUAAAGUGCGCGUGAAUGUACUUGAUUUGCCUGGAGCUCCUACAGAUCUCAAAGUCAGUGACAUCACACGUGGAACAUGUAGACUAAGCUGGAAGCCACCAGACUGUGAUGGGGGUGACAGAAUCAAGAGCUACUUUGUUGAGAAAAAGACUGUUGAAGGAAAGGCUUGGACAAAGGUCAACCCAGCUUGCGCAACACAGUCCUUAGUUGUGCCAGACCUCAUUGAAGGACAAGAAUACUUGUUCCGUGUAAGAGCUGAGAAUCGCUUUGGCUUAGGACCUCAUAUCACAACCAUUCAGCGGACUAAAGCCAGAGAUCCUAUUCAUCCUCCUGAUCCACCCACAAGAGUCAAAAUCGUUGAUGUGUCCAAGGGCAUUGUGACUCUGACAUGGAAGCCACCAAAGAAUGAUGGUGGUGCACCUGUAACUCACUACAAUGUUGAACAUCUGUGGUGGGAUAGCAGUGGAAACCAGCAAGAGUCCUGGAGACAGUGCAACCGCCGUGAUAUUGAUACCACCACUUUCAAAGUGGAGGAUCUCCACCAGGGUGCUGAAUACGAAUUCCGUGUUAAGGCUGUGAAUGAGGUUGGUGCCAGUAGACCAUCCUCUACAGCUGGACCAAUCAUUAUUAAGGACCAGAACAGGGCACCUUCCAUUGAGCUUCCAGAAUUCAUGGAGGUUGAACAGGGUGCAGAUAUUCAUAUUGUUGCUAAGAUUAAGGGCUGUCCAUUUCCAACACUUACAUGGCAGAAGGCUCCUCCUCACAAAAGUGAAAACAAGGUUGAUGUUGAGUAUGAUGAGCACAUUAACAAACUUGUGUCUGAUGAUAGCUGCACACUGUUGAUCCAGCAGGGCAAACGCUCAGAUACAGGCCUCUACACUCUUACUGCUAGCAACAGCCUUGGCACCAUUUCCAAAGAAAUGAGGCUUAAUGUUCUAGGGCGUCCUGGGGCUCCAUCUGCACCCAUUAAAUUUGAGGAAAUUCAUGCUGAACAGAUAACACUGUCAUGGCUGCCUCCUAAGGAUGAUGGUGGCUCCAAAAUUACAAAUUACACUAUUGAGAGACGUGUUGCCAACAGGAAGACUUGGAUACCUGUCACUAGUGAACCCAAAGAGAGAAUAUUCACGGUUGACAAUCUAAUGCCAGGCCAUGAGUACAUUUUCAGGAUUAGGGCUCAAAACAAAUAUGGUGUUGGUGAUCCUCUUGAUAGUGAACCUGAAGUAGCCAGAGAUGUGUUCAUGCCACCUGGCCAAUGUGACAAGCCAACACUCUCUAGCAUCACAAUAGACUCCAUGACUGUGAACUGGGAAGAGCCAGACUCAGAUGGAGGCACUCCAAUCACAGGCUACUGGCUUGAGCGUAAAGAAACCACAUCUAAACGCUGGAGCAGAGUAACUCGUGAUCCAGUCAGGCCCAUGCCACUUGGUGUGUCACACAGAGUCACAGGGCUCAUUGAGGGAUCUCAGUAUUUGUUCCGCGUGAUUGCAAUUAAUGCGGCAGGAUGUGGACCUCCAAGUGAGCCAUCUGAUCCAACAUUUGCUAGAGCUCCAAUAGCUCCUCCUUCGCCCCCAACUCCGAAAGUCACGGACUGGACUAAGACCACAGCAGACUUGGAAUGGAUUCCACCAUUGAAGGAUGGAGGUUCAAAGAUAAUGGGCUACCAUGUUGAAUACAAAGAGGAGGGCACAGAAGCAUGGGUUAAGGCCAAAGACAAGGAAGUUAGAGGUACUAAAUUUGUGGUCACUGGACUGAAAGAGAAUGCAUUGUAUAAGUUUAGAGUUUUGGCAUUCAAUGCUGCUGGUCUGAGUGAACCAGGCGAAGUUGCUGAUGCUCUUGAAAUGAAGGACCGGUUAAUUUUGCCAGUCCUUGAGCUGGACAUUUCAGUAAAGGAGAAGAUGGUUAUUCAUGCAGGAGGUGUUAUUCGUAUCAUCGCUUAUGUGUCAGGCCAACCUCCACCUGUGAUAACAUGGAGCAGAGAUGGGUAUCCAGUCCCAUCAGAAGCUGUUAUUGAAACCACCUCAAUCAGCUGUUCCAUGGUAAUUAAAGAUUGCACUAGGGCACAACGAGGUGUUUAUACAAUAACAGCCAAGAAUGAUGGAGGAGAAGUGAAGAAGUCUGUUAUUGUUGACGUUCUUGACAUCCCUGGUCCAGUGGGGGCACCAUUUACAGCAGAAAACCUUACAAGUGACUCAUGCAAGCUGAACUGGUUUUUCCCUGAUGAUGAUGGUGGAUCUGCCAUCUCCAACUACAUAAUUGAGAAACGUGAAGCUGAUCGCAAGGCUUGGACAUCUUGCUUUUAUACAGCAGGCAGACAAAAUGCUGUAGUAAAUAAUCUGGUGCUUAAAAAGGAAUAUUUCUUCAGAGUCGCAGCUGAAAAUGCAAUUGGAGUAGGUCCUUUCUGCCAAACAGCAUGUGAAAUUGUGAUUAAAGAUCGCAUUAAUGUUCCAGACCGUCCAGAAGAUCUUGAGGUGACUGCCAUCACCAAAGACUAUAUCAGUGUGACUUGGAAGCCACCUAAGUAUGAUGGAGGGUCUGAGGUGUUAUCCUACAUUCUUGAGGCUCGCACGAUUGGCAAAGACAAGUUUGUCAGACUGACCAAAGAGAAACUUAUGGAUAGGAAAUACACUUAUGAUGGUCUUCGUGAAGGCGACACCUAUGAAUUCCGUGUCAGUGCAGUGAAUGAAGUUGGUCCAGGCAAACCAUCCUUCUCCACUAAGCCAAUUACAUGUAAAGACGAACUUGAGCCCCCUACAAUUGAGCUGGACUUCCGUGAUAAGGUUGUUGUUCGUGUUGGUGAAAGCUUUGCACUACAGGGGCGGUAUACUGGAAAACCAGCCCCAACUGUCACCUGGUCAAGAGAUGACAAAGAACUAAAAGCAGAUGACCACAUCAAGUUCAAAAAUACUACUACCACUAUGUGCCUGGGUAUUAUUAAAGCUCAGCGUGGACACAGUGGCAAAUACUGUGUAACAGUUGAAAACUGUACUGGUGCUCGUAAAGGCAUUUGUAAUGUCACAAUUGCAGAUCGACCAUUGCCUCCAGAGGGCCCAGUUGUAUUUGAGGAAGUUCACCGAGAUCACAUGGUUAUUUCUUGGAAGCCCCCUCUUGAUGAUGGUGGAUGUGAAAUUUCUAACUACAUAAUUGAGAAGAGAGAUGCAAACAGGGACAUGUGGACAACUGUAACAUCUGCCACCACAAAAACCCACUGCAAAGUACCUAAGCUUGUAGAGGGUCGUGAAUACAUCAUAAGAAUUAGUGCUGAGAACCUGUAUGGCAUAAGUGACCCACUGGAGUCAGAGGAGAUGAAAGCUAAAGAUCUAUUCAGGGUACCAGAGGCACCUGAGCAACCCACUGUAAAAGACGUCUUCCAUGAUUCAGCACUGGUGAUUUGGAACCGUCCUCGUGAUGGUGGAAAGCCCAUAACAAACUAUAUAUUGGAGAGGAAGGAGCCCACAGCUAAGAGAUGGUCUCGUGCAACCAGAGAUCCAAUCUACCCUGCUACACAGUAUAGGGUACAAGACCUUGUUGAAGGCUGUGAAUAUGAAUUCCGUGUAAUGGCAGAGAAUGAAAUUGGAACUGGAGAUCCUGGCCUUCCCAGUAAACCUAUUCUUGCUAAGAAUCCCAUUGUUAAGCCAAGCCCACCUGUUUUGCCUGAAGCUGUUGACAAGACUAAAGAUUCUGUAAGUCUGUCAUGGCGUGUUCCUCGCCAUGAUGGUAAAGGGAAAAUAUUUGGUUACUUGAUUGAGUAUCAGAAGCCCGGUGCAAUCGAAUGGAUCCAGGCAAAUGAAUCACCUGAAUCAUGCCCAGACACCAAGUUUGUUGUGACAAAUCUACCAGAAGGUGGAGAGUUUCGAUUCAGAAUUAUGGCUGUGAAUGCAGCUGGAAAAUCUGAGCCUGCUUAUGUCAAGGAACCAGUGAAAGUUCAUGACAGACUUGAGGAACCGGAGUUGCUGUUAGAUGCCAAUAUGGCACGUGACCACCUUGCCAUGGUUGGAACAGACAUCACACUUAGUGCCACAUUUAAGGGCAUGCCAAUUCCCACUGUCUCUUGGAAAAAGAAUGAUGGUGAAGUUCCUGCUCAUUGUCUUAUUGAGGUUACAGCAAGUGGAAGCAAACUUCACAUUAAGAAGUGUACCCGUGCUGACCGUGGCAAUUAUACCAUCACUGUUCAAAAUGCAGCUGGAACUAAAUCUGCUACCUGCACUGUUCUUGCUCUUGAUAAACCUGGACCACCAAGGAAUCUUAAAAUCUCUGAAGUCACAAGUGAGUCAGCUUAUCUGACAUGGCAAAAGCCAGAAGAUGAUGGUGGUGCUGUGAUCUCCCACUAUGUUGUGCAAAAGAAAGAUGUAGCAGCUGAGAACUGGGUUCCAGUUUGUGCUGCAUCUAAAAAGCUUAGCCUUAUGGCUCAAUAUCUGAUGGAGGGAAUUCAGUAUCUCUUCAGAGUUGCAGCUGAGAAUCAGUUUGGCAGGAGUGCAUUUGUUGAAACCACCAAGCCUAUCAAGGCAGUUGAUCCACUUUAUCCUCCUGGUCCACCCAAGAAUCUGCAUCAUGUGGAUGCAGACAAAACUGAAGUAUGGCUUCAAUGGGAGUGGCCUGAUCGCACAGGUGGAAGUGAGAUCACCGGAUUCAUUGUUGAACAUCAAGAAGAUGGUGCUACCGACUGGGUGACCUUCAAGACUGUCAGCAAUCCUCAAUGCCAUGUUACUGGACUUGUGGAGGGCAAAACCUACAGAUUCCGUGUAAAAUCACAAAAUGCAAUUGGCAUUAGCCGACCAGACACCAGUGUGCCAAUUACUUGCCAGGAAAAAACCUUGGCUCCAACUAUUGAAGUUGAUGUGAAGCUUAUUGAGGGUCUUGUUGUGAAAGCUGGCAGUACAGUCGUCCUCCCAGCAGUCAUGCAUGGAAUCCCAACUCCAACAGCCAAGUGGCAAAGUGAAGGAAAUGAGCUUAAAACUGAGGGCAAAUUUAAGAUUGUUACUGAAGGAAAUUCAACUGUCUUGACUAUUAGUGAAUGUGUCAGAACUGACAGCGGAGAGUAUGGCCUUACUGUGGCAAACCCUGCUGGAAGCAAGUCUGUUGCUCUACAUGUUACAGUCCUUGAUGUUCCAUCUGCUCCGGUUGGUCCUGUAAAUAUCCUUGAGGUUACCCCUGAUCAUAUGAUAAUCCAGUGGCGUGAACCAAAAGAUGAUGGUGGCACACCUUUGAUGAACUAUGUUGUAGAGAAGAAGGAUGUCAAGAAGCCUUGGGAGCCAUGGUCAGUUGUGAGUUCUGGAAGCACAAGCACAAAGGCCAAAGUCCCACGUUUGGAGAAGGGACGUGAAUAUAUUGUACGUGUACGUGCUGAGAAUAAAAUUGGCAUCGGUGCUGGCCUUGAAAGUCCUCCCACUAUUGCCAAGCAUAUGUUUGAUCCACCAGGUCCUCCUGGCCAACCAACAUGUUCUGACAUAACAGAAAAUGCUGUAACACUGUCAUGGACUGAACCAGAAACUGAUGGUGGAAGCCCUGUAAGUGGCUACAUUGUUGAGCGCAGGGAGAUGACUGGUAAAUGGAUUCGUGUCAAUAAAACACCAGUCUUGGAUGUAAGAUACAGGGUCUGUGGUCUGUUUGAGGGCAAUAGCUAUGAAUUCAGAAUCUUUGCUGAAAAUGUUGCUGGUGUAAGUGAGCCUUCAUAUCCAUCAGACCCAGUGAAAGCUAAACGUCCAAUUACUCCUCCGGGGCCUCCAAGUAACAUUAAGCUGAAGGACUGGAGCAAGUCAUAUGCAGAUUUGGUAUGGACCAAACCUUCCAGAGAUGGUGGCAGCCCCAUCCUAGGCUAUGUUGUUGAAUGCCAGAAAUCAGGUUCUGCACAGUGGGAUAGAAUAAAUAAGGAUCUAAUCAAGUUUUGUGUAUUUAGAGUACCUGGACUUAGUGAAGGCACAGAGUACAGAUUUCGUAUUAGAGCCUCAAACAAGGUUGGAGAUGGUGAGCCAAGAGAACUCACGGAAACUGUGCUUGCCAAAGACAUUCUUGUUCCCCCUGAUGUAACUGUUGAUGUUGCUUGUCGUGACCUCCUAACAGUUAGAGCAGGGCAAAUCAUCAACCUUGUAACCCGUGUUAAGGGCAGACCUGACCCUGAAAUCACUUGGACUAAAGAUGCAAGAGUUUUAGGCAGAGAUAAACGCACUGAGAUGAACAAUAACUUCCCUCUUGUUGAGCUGGUAAUUCAGGAAGCUGUUAGAGCUGAUUAUGGAAAAUAUGCAAUUCAAGCAAAGAAUAGCAGUGGUCAAGCACAAGCUACAAUUAUUGUCAAUGUACUUGAUAUUCCAGGAGCCUGUCAGAAUUUAAAGGUUGCUUAUGUGACUAAAGACUCAUGUAUGGUUUCUUGGGAAAAUCCAGAGGAUAAUGGUGGCACUGAAAUUACUAAUUAUAAAAUUGAGUGCAGACAACCAAGUCAAAGAGGAUGGACAGUUGUUACUUCUGACUGCACCAAACGACUUUUCAAAGCUCCACUUGUUGAGAAAUGUGAAUAUUUCUUCUGUGUGAGCGCAGAGAAUAAAAUUGGAGCUGGUCCACCAACAGAAACAAAAGCACCAGUCCUUGCUGUUGAUCCAGUUGAGAAACCUGGUGAGCCAGAGAACUUCCAAAUCUCUGAAAUUGGCAAGACAUUUGUCUUUCUCAAAUGGAAGAAACCAGAAUACGAUGGUGGUAGUCGUAACCUUGCUUACCAUAUUGAAAAGAAGCCUAAAGAAGCAGAUGAAUGGGAAAGAUUACACAAAGGUGCUAUAAAGGAAACCUAUUUCAUGGCUGACAGAUGCAUUGAGAACCAAAUUUAUCAAUUUAGAGUUCAAACAAAGAAUGAGGGAGGAGAGAGUAACUGGGUGACGACAGCUGAAGUUCUUGUAAAGGAGGAACUUGUACAGCCAGAGCUUAAAGUCAAACUGGCGGGUGUUCUUGUUGUUAAAGCUGGAGAUGCCAUUCCAAUUGAGGCAGAGCUUAUAGGUAAACCUCAGCCUGAUGUAAAAUGGUCUAAAGAAGGUGACACUGGAGAUAUCACCAAAAGCCCAAGAGUACAAGUUGAAACUGGCACCAACUUCACAAAAUUCCUGCUCACAAAUUCAAGACGUGGAGACACUGGAAAAUACACAAUUACUGCAACAAAUACUGCUGGAACCUGCUCUGCUGAGGCCAAGGUUAAUGUUCUUGACAGACCAGGUCCUAUUAGAGACCUGAAAGUGUCAGACAUUUCUGUGGACAGAUGCAAGCUUACAUGGGAGAUACCAGAAGAUGAUGGUGGUUGUGAGAUCUAUAACUACAUCAUAGAAAAAUGUGAGACAAAGAGAGGUGUGUGGUCAAUUCAUUCAGCAGCUAUUAUUACCAAUUCAGCUAAAGUUACUCGCCUUAUCGAAGGAAAUGAAUACAUAUUCCGAGUGAGAGCUGAGAACAAGAUGGGUGCUGGCCCUGCUGUUGAAACUGAGUCCAUUGUUGCAAGGACCCAGUUCAGCAGACCAGGUGUACCUGAUGCUCCAGAGGUUACCAAAAUUACAAAAGAAGAAAUGGUGGUUAUGUGGUGCUCUCCUGAUAAUGAUGGCGGAAAACCUAUAACUGGUUAUAUUCUUGAGAAAAAAGAAGAGCAUGCCAUUCGGUGGGCCCCUGUUGUUAAGUCCCCAAUUGCAGGGACACAGAUGACUGUUACAGGUUUACUGCCUAAUCAUGAAUACCAGUUCCGUGUUAGGGCUGAAAAUGAAAUUGGAGUUGGUGAUGCAAGCAAGCCAUCCAGAUCAUUCACUGCAAGAGAUCCAGUUGAGCCUCCUGGUCCCGUUAGUAACUUAAAGGUGACUGACAGCUCAAAGACAUCAAUUACUCUUGCAUGGACAAAGCCUACAUAUGAUGGAGGUGCUCCUCUUAUUGGAUAUGUUGUUGAGCUAAGAGUCAAGGGAACAGACAAGAAGGGAGAUGAAGGCUGGAAAAGGUGCAAUGUUGCUGCACAGUUGUUUGGAACAGAAUUCACAGUCUCAAGCCUGGAUGAGAAGCUUGAAUAUGAAUUCCGUGUUUCUGCCCAAAAUCAGGUUGGCUUAAGUCAGCCAACUAAUCUUGGAGGAGCUGUGACACCAAGGGAAGUCUUGGAGGCCCCCGAGAUUGAUUUCGAUGCAGAACUGAAGAAAGGUGUGACUGUUAGAGCUGGCUGCCCAAUAAGAUUAGUAGCAACAAUCAGAGGCAGACCCGCUCCCAAGGUCUUAUGGAGGAGAAUGGGAAAAGAUAAUGUUGUACAGAAGGGCCAUGUUGAUCUCAUUGACACUAUGACAUUCCUUGUUAUCUCUGAAACCACUCGUGAUGAUUCAGGCAAAUAUUCAUUGACUGUAUCCAGUCCAGCUGGAGAGAAGGCAGUGUUUGUGAAUGUCAAAGUACUUGACACGCCUGGACCUGUUGUUGGUCUUGAGGUUGCUGACAUCACAAUGUCAUCUUGCAACCUCACAUGGUCUCCACCUGAAAAUGAUGGUGGCAGUAACAUCACUCAUUACAUUGUUGAAAAACGAGAAAUUGAUCGCAAGACUUGGGCAACAGUGAAAAAUAAUGUUGAUAACACCACAUUUAAAGUUAGCAAUCUCGUCCCAGGAACAGAGUAUUACUUCAGGGUCAUUGCGGUAAAUGAGUAUGGUCCCGGGGUCCCAAGGGUUACAGCAAAAUCCUAUCUGGCCUCUGAUCCUAUCAGCAAGCCUGAUCCACCACAAAAGGUUGAUGUUCUGGACAUUACUAAGAACAGUGCAACUGUGGGAUGGGUGAAACCAAUGCGUGAUGGUGGAGCUAAAAUUGAUGGCUACAUUAUUGACUAUCUUGAGCUUCCAAUGCCUAAACCUCCCAAGAAACCAGUGGAGGCUGAAGGUGAGGCUGAGCCUGGUGUAGAGCCUGUGGCUCCACCCCCGCCUGAACCUGUGAUUGAGGAAGAGAAGGAGGAGAAAAAGGAGGAAUGGACGCCGUACACAGUCGUAAAAGAUUUGAGCAUCUCUAUUGCUGGAUUAAAGGAGGGAAGAAAAUAUCGCUUCAGAGUGGCAGCAAGAAAUGCCAUGGGGUCCAGUCUUCCCACAGAGACCAGAGAAGCUUAUGAGAUCAAGGAGCAGAUGUUGGAGCCCAAAAUCAUCAUGCCUGAGCUGGUCACUGCAAAGGCAGGAGCAAAACUGAGGGUUGAGGCUCUUGUAUCAGGAAAGCCAGCACCAGCAUGCCAAUGGAAACGGGGAGAAAAUAAUGUAGUCCCAUCAAGCCGUCUUGCUGUGCAUAAAUCUCUGAACAUGUGUGUGCUCAUCAUUAAGGAUGUUUCAAGACAAGACAGUGGUGAAUACAGCCUUGUUGCUGAGAACAGCACUGGAAAAGUUGACCAGACUUUGAAAAUCAUCAUCAGAGAUAUUCCUGGACCACCUGAGCCACCAUUUGAGAUCAGUGACAUAGAUUCUGAUGCCUGCACACUCUCUUGGAACAAACCUACUGAAGAUGGUGGUAGCAAUAUUACUAAUUAUGUGGUUGAGAAGUGUGAUGUAAGCAGAGGUGACUGGGUGACUGCUCUUUCCAGCUGUGGCAAAGCUGGCUGCAGAAUCGGAAAGCUUAUUCCUGGAAAGGAAUAUAUUUUCCGUGUUCGUGCUGAGAACAGAUUUGGUAUUUCAGACCCCCUUACAUCUGAAAGGAUGAUUGCUAAGUACCCCUUCGAUGUUCCUGGUGAACCUUUGAACUGCCGCAUCAACAAAGUGAACAAGGACUGCAUGUUUGUGGCUUGGGAUAAGCCUGAGUCUGAUGGUGGCAGUCAAAUUACUGGAUACUACAUUGAACGCAAAGAAAGGAACAGUCUCCUUUGGGUUAAGGCUAAUGAUUCUGUUGUUCGCACAACUGAGUAUCCUUGUGCUGGCCUAAUUGAGGGUCUGGAAUACACUUUUAGAGUGUCUGCUAUAAACCGAGCUGGUCAGGGGAAACCAAGCAAGAAAACUGAGUUUAUCACAGCAAGAACACCUGUUGAUGCUCCUGGAAAACCAGAGGUGCUUGAUGUGACUAAGAACUCAGUUACAUUGGUUUGGACCAAACCAAAGAAUGAUGGUGGAAGCAAGAUAAUUGGAUACUAUGUUGAAGCAAUGAGGCUUCCAGGAGACACUUGGGUGCGUUGCAACACAAGUAGUCAAAAUGUGCCUCGUGAGGAGUACACUGCAACUGGGUUAGAAGAGGGUGCUAAGUACCAGUUUAGGGUAAUUGCCAAGACAGCAGUUAACAUUAGCAGGCCAUCUGAAUUCACUGACCCCAUUCUGGUGUCUGCAGAAAAUGUACCUCCAAGAAUAGAGCUUUCAAUACAGAUGAAAAAGAUGUUGCCAGUAAAGGCUGGGUCAGAUGUUUGCCUUGAAGCUGAAGUUUUUGGUAAACCAAUGCCCAAGGUUACAUGGAGCAAGAAUGGAGAAGUGUUGAAAGCUGACAAAGAAUUCAAGAUGUCUCAAAAGAGACACCUCUUUUCUCUGAGCCUUGAUGCAGUUACUAAACUUCAUACUGGAAGUUAUGGAAUUCUUGCAGUAAAUGCAAGUGGUUCUACAACUGCAGAAAUACAACUCAAAGUUUUAGAUAUACCUAGCCCACCAGCCUCUAUCAAGUUUGAUGAAGUACUUUCAGAUCGGAUCAAGUUGAGCUGGGAGGCUCCACUUGCAGAUGGUGGUUCUCCAAUUACAAAUUAUGUUGUUGAUAAACGUGAGACAAGCAGAGCUAACUGGGCCCAAGUUUCUGCUAAAAUCAGUGGUGAUACAAAAGAAUGUUUAGUGGAGAAACUGAUUGAGGGGCACGAAUAUCAGUUCUGUGUUCGUGCAGAGAAUCGCUAUGGUACUGGUGAUGCCAUCAUAUUGGACCCUGUUGUUGCAAGGAAUCCCUUCACUGUUCCUGGAGCAUGUGACCCACCGGUCCUUACAAACAUCACAAAGGAGCGUAUGACUGUAAGUUGGAAGGAACCAUCUGAUGAUGGAAAAUCCCCUAUCCUUGGAUACAUAGUUGAGAAACGUGAGACCAAGGAAAUUAACUGGACCAAACUGAACAGAAAGCCCUUGCUGGAGAGAACACUUGAGGUUGGAGGUCUCUCUGAGGGAGCUCAGUAUGAGUUUAGAGUCAUUGCUGUUAAUAAAGCUGGCCUUGGCAAACCCAGUGAACCAUCUAAUGCCGCCUCUGCUCUUGAUCCUUUGUAUCCUCCAGGCCCACCCAUUUCUCCCAAGGUUACAGACACGACCAGCAGCACCAUUAGACUAACUUGGACUAAGCCUGCAAAUGAUGGUGGUAGUGACAUUUUGGGAUACCUUGUCGAAUGCAAGAGAACUAAUACAACAGACUGGAUAAGAUGCAACGUACCCAAGAACCUUCAGGAUACAAAUUAUGCUGUGACUGGACUCUUGGAGAACUCAGAGUACCAACUUCGUGUUACUGCUGUAAAUAAAGUUGGAUUUAGCCAGCCUUGUGAAGUUCCUGAAAAACAUGUUGCCAAGGAUGUUUUUGCUGCUCCUGAGGCUGAGCUUGAUGCAGAGCUGAAGGACACUUUGGUGCUCACGGCUGGCAGUAAAAUGAAACUUCAUGCCACAUAUAAGGGUCGACCAAUCCCCAGGGUGACCUGGGCCAAGAUGAACACCAACAUUAAGGACAGACAAGGAAUCAUAAUCAAGACAACAGACACUGAUACAUUGGUUUAUGUUGAGAAAGUCAAUAGAAAUGAUGCAGGGAAAUACAUUCUGAAUCUUGACAGUGUAAGCGGAAUGAAGAUGUACACAGUUAUUGUCAAGGUCCUUGAUACUCCUGGACCUCCACUGAAUCUGAUGAUAAAAGAGACAUCAAAGGACAGUGCCUCCAUCCUAUGGGAUGAACCUCUAAUUGAUGGUGGAAGUGAGAUUACAGGUUACAUUGUUGACAAAAGAGAUUCAGAAAGGAAAGCAUGGUCAAAUGUUUCAACCACGUGCACUACAACAUCUUUCAAGAUUGAUGGUUUAGAGGCUGGAAGAUCUUAUUGUUUCAGGGUUCUGGCUCAAAAUAUGUAUGGCAUUGGUGAGCCAUGUGAAACUGUGGAUGCUGUUAGAGCUUCUGAACAACCUGGACCAGUUAUGGACUUUAAGACCUUGCUGGUAACCAAGGACUCUUGUACUCUUUCCUGGAAAAAGCCCAUCAGUGAUGGAGGAAGCCGCAUCAUUGCAUAUGUGCUAGAAGUCCUUAAUGGCGAAGAUAAAUGGAAGGAGCUUCUUAGAUCAAAGAAUAUGCAAUAUAGUGCAAAGGACCUUGUUGAAGGAAGGGAAUAUAAAUACAGAGUUAAAGCAACAAAUGAUUCUGGUGAUGGUUCUGUGAAAGAACUCUCUGUGAUUGCAAAAAAUGUCAAUGUUCUUCCAAGCUGUGACUUGCGAGAGUUGCCUAACUUGAACUAUAUUGCAAAAGAAGGAAGCACCGUUCGUCUCAAGAUUCCUAUUAGUGGAAAGCCUGUCCCUGUUGUCACAUGGAAGAAGGGAGAGGAUGAAAAUCUCACAGACACAGGAAGAGUGUGUGUAGAAUCAACGGCAGUAAACACAACUCUUCUGAUACGUGACUGCCAAAGGACAGAUGCCUCAAAAUACACCAUCACUCUUCGCAAUGCUGCUGGAACGAAAGAGUCCACAAUUUUUGUCAGAGUUGUUGGCAAACCAGGAAUUCCAGCUGCACCAAUAAAGUUCAAGGAAGUGACUGCAGAUGGUGCAACCUUAAAAUGGGGUGUUCCUAAAGAUGAUGGUGGAUCAGAAAUUACCAACUACAUUCUUGAGAAACGUGAUUCCAUUACUAACAUGUGGGUUGCUGUGUCUUCAUCUGUGGACACAAACACUUUCAGAGUGACUGGUCUCCAUGAGGGAACUGAAUACAUCUUUAGGGUUAGUGCAGAAAACAAAUAUGGAAUUGGUGAGGGCCUCAAAUCAGAGCCUGUGGUUGCCAAGCAUCCAUUCAAUGUUCCAGAUUCACCUCCACCCCCUCAAGUCAUGAGCAUGUGUCAUGAUUCAGCAACUCUUGCAUGGUUGGAUCCAAGGAAAACUGGAGGCUCACCAAUCACAGGUUACCAUGUUGAAUUCAAGGAAAAAAACAGCAUGUUAUGGAAAAGAGCAAACCCAACUGCUUUGAAGAUGAGAGAUUUCAAAGUGACAGGCUUAACAGAGGGUCUAGAAUAUGAGUUCAGAGUUAUGGCUAUUAAUCUGGCUGGUGUUGGUAGACCAAGUCCUGCCACUGAGCCAAUGGUUGCCUUGGAUGCAAUUGAUGCACCUGGCAAACCUGAUGUGAUUAGCAGCACUAGAAGCACUGUAACACUUCAAUGGACUGAGCCUCAAUAUGAUGGUGGACACAGGCUUACAGGCUACAUUGUUGAGAGACGUGAUCUCCCAGCCAAGGUCUGGGUGAAGGCUAAUACAGUAAAUGUGGUGGACUGUGCAUAUACUGUAGCAGACUUGCAAGAGGGUUGCAAGUAUGAAUUUAGAAUCAGAGCAAAGAAUGCAGCUGGAGCAAUAAGUCCACCCUCUGAACAAACUGAUACCCUUGUGUGCAUGGAUGAAUAUGCGGCACCAACCAUUAUAAUUGAUCCAACAGUCAAGGAGGGGCUAACUGUCAGGGCUGGAGAUACUAUUGUAAUUACUGCAACAAGCAUUCUGGGCAAACCUCAGCCAACCUCUGUGUGGUCAAAGGGUGGAAAGUAUUUCAAGCCAUCAGAUGUGUGCCAGAUAGAAACUACACCUUCUUCUUCUACUCUUUCUAUCAAGUAUGCAAGUAGGAAGGAUUCAGGAGAGUACACAAUUACAGCAAGUAACCCAUUUGGUGUGAAAGAAGAAAUUGUGAAAGUAACAAUUUUAGAUGUUCCCGGUCCACCAGGGCCAAUUGAAGCUAGUGGAAUUUCAUCUGAAAAGGUCACUUUGACAUGGACACCACCUCAUGAGGAUGGGGGAUCUCCAAUUAAAUACUACACUUUGGAGAAAAGAGAAACAAGCCGUCUCCUUUGGACCAUUCUUGCUGAAAAGGUUAUUGACUGCCACUUUGUUGCCAAUAAGCUUAUCCAGGGAAAUGAGUACAUCUUCAGAGUUUCUGCUGUCAACAGUUCUGCAGCUGGUGAUGCUUCCCAUUCUGAACCAGUAAAAAUGGUGGAUAGCUAUGGUCCCCCUGGUCCGCCAGCUAAACCAGAAAUUGAAAAUGUUGGUGGAAAUUCUGUUACCAUUGCUUGGAAAAGACCAGCUGAUGACGGUGGAAGUGAUAUAAUAGGCUACAUGGUUGAGAGGAAAGAAAAGAAGGGCAUGAGAUGGACUCGAGCAUCAAAGAAAACAAUUGCUGACCUCCACUUUGAAGUGAAAGGGCUAAAAGAGGGAGAUGAAUAUGAAUUCAGAGUAACUGCUGAGAAUAAGGCUGGUUUUGGUGAGCCAAGUGAACCUUCAAUGCCAGUGAGGACAAAGCUUGUUGCAGAUGUACCUGGUCCUCCAGUCAACCCAAGAGUCACUGACACAACAAAAACCACAGCUGAAUUGCACUGGGGCAAACCAUUUAGUGAUGGUGGAAUGGAAGUUACAGGAUACCUUGUUGAGCACAAAAAGGAGGGAGAAGAAGAAUGGGUGAAAGAUACAGCUACACCUUUGAGGAUCACUGAGUUUGUUGUCCCCAGUUUGCAAGCUGGAGUGAAGUAUAAUUUUAGAAUUAGUGCAAUGAAUGCAAUGGGGGUUAGUGAACCAUCACAAACAGAGGAUCUUGUUGAAAUUGUGGAACGUGAAGAAAUCCCUGAUUUAGAGCUAGAUGUAGAACUCAGAAGAACGUUAGUUGUUAGGGCAGGUGCCUCUAUUCGUUUAUUUAUUCCUAUUAAAGGACGCCCAACCCCUAUAGUGACUUGGACAAAAGAGGACACAUCAUUGAAAACUCGCGCAAUCAUCGACAAUACCGAAUCAUACACCCUGUUGGUCAUUCCCGACUGUAAUAGACGCGACGCAGGGAAAUAUGAUUUAACAUUAGAGAACACUGCUGGAAAGAAGACUGUUUCUGUGGUUGUAAGGGUUUUGGACUCCCCUGGUCCUCCUCUCAAUCUGAAACCCAAAGCAAUUGACAAAGAGAGCAUCACAUUGGAAUGGGAAAUGCCUAUUAUUGAUGGAGGUUCUAAAAUUACCAAUUACAUCAUUGAGAAGAGAGAAUCUACUCGCAAGGCAUAUGCUGCUGUGAUCACACAAUGUGAGACAUGCUCCAUCAGAGUUUCCGAUCUGGCAGAGGGUUUGGAAUAUUAUUUCAGAGUUUCUGCUGAAAAUGAGUAUGGCAUUGGUGAAGCAGUUGAAACCCCAGACCCAAUCAGAGUAUCUCAAGCACCAACUCCACCAGAAAAUGUAACUUUUACUGAUGUUACGAAGCACACAGUUAGGCUUGCAUGGACUAAACCAAAACAUGAUGGUGGAAGUAGGGUUACUGGGUAUGUAAUUGAAGCACAAAAGAAAGGAACAGACCAGUGGGCCCAUGUGACAACUGUGAAGUCUUUGGACUUUACUGUAAAAAAUCUUAAUGAAAAUGAAGAGUACAUAUUCCGUGUAAUGGCGGUGAACAGUUCUGGGCGAAGUUGUCCUCGUGUAAGCAAGCCUGUUGUUAUCAAAGAACAAAGUUCAGAACCAGAAUUUGAUCUCCGUGGUGUGUGUCAGAAGACAGUUAUUGCCAAGGCUGGUGAAGAUAUAAAGGUUGAGGUGCCUGUUUCUGGACGUCCUAAGCCUACAGUUUCCUGGCAGAAAGACAAUCAAGCCCUCAAAUUAACACAAAGGACAAUGAUUGAAAAUACUUCUACCUCAACUAUCUUGAUCAUAAAUGAAUGUUUAAGGAGUGACAGUGGAAUAUACUCAAUGACAGGAAAGAACAUCGUGGGCUCUGUUACAGAUAGCAUCACAGUAAAAGUACAUGAUUUGCCUGGACCACCAAAGGGACCAAUUAAACUGGACAAAAUAUCUCGUACUUUCAUUGAGUUCUCAUGGGAAGCUCCUGAAAAUGAUGGAGGUGUACCAAUCAAUAACUAUAUAGUAGAAAUAAGGGAAACUACUAGCCAGACAUGGGUAGAAUUCUCCUCUUCGAUUAUUCGUACAACAUUUAAAGCAACUCAUUUAACAACAGGAAUUGAAUAUCAAUUCCGUGUCAAGGCCAAAAACAGAUAUGGUACAGGGCCUCCAUUAAUGUCAGAGGCAGUGGUUGCUGCAUAUCCAUUUAAGGUACCUGGGCCACCUGGAACACCCAAAGUUGUCACUUUCACUAAGGAUACAAUGACAAUUGGUUGGAAUGAGCCUGUUUCUGAUGGUGGAAGUGAGGUCAUUGGUUACCAUGUUGAAAGGAAAGAGAGGAACAGUAUUGUUUGGCACAGAAUUAGCAAGGCACUUGUGAUCGGAAAUCUGUUCAAAUCCACAGGACUAGAGGAUGGUGUGGCAUAUGAAUUCCGUGUGAUUGCUGAAAACAUAGCUGGAAUUGGAAAACCAAGCAAAGCUUCUGAACCAAUGCUCGCUCUUGAUCCAGUGGAUCCACCUGGUCAACCUGUACCAAUCCAUGUGUCCAAAAAUGCCAUUACUAUUCAGUGGACGAAGCCAGAGUAUGAUGGCGGAUUCAAGAUUACUGGCUAUACUGUCGAAAAGAGAGAUCUUUCAGCUGGGCGCUGGAUGAGAGCUAACUUUACAAAUAUCAUUGAAACCACUUUCACUAUAAGUGGUCUAACACAAGACGAAUCCUAUGAAUUCCGUGUACUUGCAAGAAAUUCAGCUGGUGCUGUUAGUAACCCAUCUGACCCAUCAGAUCCAAUUAUUUGCAAAGAUGACAUUGAAGAACCAAGGAUUAUGGUUGAUGCUAAAUUUAAAGAUACUGUCCUUGUCAAAGCUAGAGAGGUGUUCAAACUUGAAGCUGAUGUUGCAGGCCAGCCAUUACCAUCUAUGGUUUGGACGAAAGAUGGAAAAGAUGUUGAAAACACAUCCAAACUACAGAUCAAAAUGACAGACCUUACAUCAGUCUUGAUCAACAAGGAUUCUGUCAGAAGUGAUGGUGGUAAAUUUAUUCUGACAGCAACAAAUGUUGGUGGCUUUGCUAAGCAUGUUUUCAAUGUAAAGGUUCUUGAUAGACCAGGACCACCUAGGGGACCUCUGACAGUUUCCGAUAUUACAGCUGAAAAAUGUGUGCUAACAUGGAAUCCACCUGCAGAUGAUGGCGGUGCAAACAUUGAACAUUAUGUUAUUGAAAAACGUGAGUCAAGCAGACUUGCUUGGACAAAUGUGGCAUCAGAAUUGCAGGUUAAUCAGUACCAAGUGACAAAGUUGCUCAAAGGAAAUGAAUACAUUUUCAGAGUUAUGGCUGUUAACAAGUAUGGUGUUGGAGAACCUCUUGAGUCUGAAGCAAUAAUUGCAGAAAAUCCAUAUGUACGACCAGAUCCUCCACAAACACCUGAGAUAACUGCGGUCACUAAGGAUUCAGUAGUCCUGUGUUGGGGUGCACCUGCUAGUAAUGGUGGAAGUGAAAUCACCAACUAUCGUAUUGAGAAAAGAGACCGGAUUAGUUUGCGUUGGGUAAAAUGCAACAAGAGGAAUGUUACUGACUUGCAUUUCAAGGUGACCGCUCUUAUUCCAGGCCAUGAAUAUGAAUUCAGAGUUUUUGCUGAAAAUGCAGCAGGAAUAAGUGAGCCAAGUCCUUCAUCACCAUUUGUCAAGGCCACAGAUGCUCUUUUCAAACCAGGUCCUCCUGGCAACCCUAGAAUCCUGGACACAACAAGUUCUUCCAUCACGCUUGCAUGGAACAAACCAGUUUAUGAUGGUGGUUCUGAAAUUACUGGCUAUAUUCUUGAGACCUGUCUCCCUGGAACUGAAGAGGACGAAUGGACAAUUGUCUCCCCUAAAGAUGGUGUAAAGGGGACAUCGUUUACAAUCACGAAUCUUAAAGAAAAUCAGGAAUACAAAAUUAAUGUGUCAGCUGUAAACAGCGAGGGUAUUGGAGAAGCAGCACCUGUACCAGGUUCACCUAAAGCAGAGGAACGACUCAUACCACCAGAGGCUGACCUUGAUGCUGAACUUCGUAAGAUAGUGAACAUCAGAGCAUGCAAUACACUAAGACUUUUUGUGCCAAUUAGAGGUAGACCAACACCAGAGGCCAAAUGGUCAAGAGAGAAUGAUGAACCUUUAGACAGAGCUACCACUGAAACAACGUCAUCUUUUACAUCACUGGUUAUUGCCAAUGUGAAUAGGUUUGACAGUGGCAAAUACAAUUUGACUGUAGAAAACAGCUCUGGAACAAAGACUGUCUCUGUAAUAGUUAGAGUUCUAGAUACACCUGGAGCACCACAAAACUUAAAAAUAAGCCAGGUCACUAAAGAAUCUGUUUCACUUGUUUGGGAUCCUCCACUUAAUGACGGUGGCACAAAAAUUAAGAAUUAUAUUGUUGAGAAGCGUGAGGCUACAAGAAAAGCAUAUGCUACAGUAAAUGCUAAUUGUCACAAAACUACUUGCACAGUUGACCAGCUCCAAGAAGGAUGCAACUACUAUUUCAGAGUUCUGGCAGAAAAUGAAUAUGGCAUUGGUCUCCCUAUGGAGACUGGUGAAUCUGUUAAAGUGUCUGAGAAGCCACUUCCCCCUUGCAAAAUUACACUUCAGGAUGUUACAAAGACAAGUGUGACAUUAUCAUGGGAAAAGCCUGAACAUGAUGGAGGAAGCAGAGUGGUUGCAUAUGUUGUAGAGAUGCAGAGCAAAUGGAAUGAAAAAUGGACACAAGCUGUGAUUGUCAAGGUACCCGAAGCAGUUAUUACUGGGCUUGCACCUGGUGAAGAGUAUAUGUUCCGUGUUUCUGCAAGGAAUGAAAAGGGAACCAGUGAUCCUCGUCAAAUUGGUGUGCCUGUGAUUGCCAAGGACCUUGUAAUUGCUCCAUCUGCUAAGAUGUUGUUCUCCACAUUUAGUGUCCUGGCAGGAGAGGAUUUGACAGUUGAUAUUCCAUAUAAUGCUCGUCCCAAAGCUACUAUUUCAUGGCUAAAGGAAGCAGUUCCACUUAAACGAACAACCAGAGUUAACUUUUCCUCUACGGGUACACAACUGAAUUUAGUAAUCAAAGAAGCAUGUAGAGAUGAUGUUGGCCAGUAUAGUAUUAAACUAUCAAAUACAGCUGGUGAGACAAAAGUAGACAUUAGAAUUGUUGUUCUUGACAAACCUGGUCCACCAACAGGCCCUGUUAAAGUUGAUGAAGUAACAUCUGACAGUGUUAGCAUUUCUUGGAAGCCACCAGAGUAUAACGGGGGCUGCACCAUUAAUAAUUACAUAGUAGAAAAGAGGGACACAUCCACAACUAAUUGGCAGAUUGUAGCAGCAAAUCUAGCAAGAACUCAAAUUAAGGCAGGAAGACUGAAGGCAGGCUCUGAAUAUCAAUUCAGAAUUGCAGCAGAAAAUAGAUAUGGCAAAAGCCCUCUGCUUGUGUCUGAAUGUGUUGUUGCACAGUACCCGUACAAACUACCGGGCCCUCCUGGAACACCUUUCUUGCAGUCUUCCACAAAAGAUAGUAUGGUGAUAGUGUGGAAUGAACCUGUUAUUGAUGGUGGAAGCACAGUCUUAGGAUAUCACCUUGAGCGAAAAGAGAGAAAUAGCAUUCUUUGGAUGAAACUAAACAAAAGCAUAAUCCAAGACACAACUUUCAAGACAACAGGUCUUGAAGAAGGCAUGGAAUAUGAAUUCAGAGUUUAUGCUGAAAACAUUGUUGGCAUUGGGAAGGCUAGUAAGAUCUCAGAGGGUUAUACUGCUAGAGAUCCUUGUGAUCCUCCUGGAACACCAGAAGCAGUUAGAAUAACAAAUAAUUAUAUUGCAAUUGCAUGGACCAAGCCAGAGUAUGAUGGUGGAAGCAAAGUCACUGGAUAUAUUGUAGAAAAGAAAGAAUUGCCUGCAGGACGCUGGAUGAAAGCAAACUUCACCAAUGUCAUAGAGACUGAGUAUACUGCAACAGGUCUUACAGAGGAUGAGAAAUAUGAGUUCCGUGUCAUUGCAAGAAAUGCUGCAGGAGUUUUCAGUGAUCCUUCAUAUAGUACUGGACCUAUCGUGGCAAAAGAUGAGAUUGAACCACCGCGUAUCAGCAUAGAUCCAGAGUACACUCAAACAAUUGUUGUAAAUGCAGGGGACAACUUCAAGAUUGAUGCAGAUAUUCAUGGAAAACCAACACCAUCAAUCUGUUGGAUGAAGGGUGAGCAGGAACUUGGAAACACCAUAUCUCGUGAAAUUAAAAGCACAGAUAGCUAUACCUGUUUAACUGUUAAGGAAGCCAAACUUGCUGAUGGAGGUCAAUAUACUCUACUGCUGAAAAAUCCAGGAGGAGAGAAAACUGUACAGGUCAAUAUUUGUGUCCUAGAUAAGCCUGGACCACCAGAGGGAUCCAUCUCUAUUACAGGUGUAACCAGUGAACACUGCUGCCUUUCUUGGAAACCACCUAAACAAGACGGUGGCAGCAAGAUCACUCAUUAUAUUGUUGAAAAGAGAGAGACUAGCAGACUACUUUGGACAGUUGUUGAACCCAAAGUCCAAGCUCUAAACCUUAAAAUAAUGAAACUCCUAGAAGGAAAUGAAUAUAUUUUCAGAGUUUUACCAGUAAACAAAUUUGGUGUUGGUGAGCCCCUCCAAUCAAGUGCAGUUGUUAUCAAGAAUCCAUUUACACCUCCAGAUGCACCAAAAGGAGUGGAAGUCUCUAAUGUCAAGAAAAAUUCAAUGGUCAUAACCUGGGAGGCCCCAACAAAUGAUGGAGGUACUCCUAUCACUGGUUAUAUUAUUGAGAAACAUGACAAGGAAGGCAUUAGAUGGACCAGAUGCAACAUGAAAACAGUUACUAACCUCACAUUUAAAGUUACUGGACUCCUGGAGAACCACCGCUACGAAUUCAGAGUUUCUGCUGAGAAUGCUGCUGGAGUUAGUGAGGCAAGUUCUGCAACUGUAUUCUAUAAAGCCCUAGAUCCUGUAUUCAAGCCAGGUCCACCACUUAAUCCAAAAGUGUUAGACAUGACCAAAUCAUCUGUUGUACUUGCAUGGGGAAAGCCUAUUUACGAUGGUGGCUGUGAAAUCCAGGGAUAUAUUGUUGAGGCAUGUGAAGCAAAAGCAGCCAUAGAGGAGAUAAAGACUCCAGGAGAAGAAGGAAAGGCAGUUGCAGAUGAAUGGACAAUGUGCACUCCACCAGCAGGCGUUAAACUGACACGCUUUAAUGUGGAAAAUCUGAAAGAAAAGCAGGAAUAUAAAUUCAGGGUUUGUGCAGUUAACAAGGUUGGUGUUGGGGAGAAUGCUGAUGUUGCAGGGCCCAUUCUGCCAGAGGACAAAACUGAGGAACCAGAUCUUGAUAUUGAUGCUGAGUUUAGAAAGCUUGUACGUAUUAAAGCAGGAGGUUCUCUUAGGAUGUUCAUCCCUUUCAAAGGAAGACCAACACCACAAAUCAAAUGGGAAAAAGAUGGUGGGCAGAUUAAGGAAACAGCACAGACUGAGACCACCAGCAGUCACACUUCUCUUGUGAUUGAUAAAGUCAACAGGGCAGACAGUGGCAAAUAUACUGUUACUGCAGAAAACUCUGCUGGUGCAAAAUCUGAAACAAUUAUUGUGAAAGUCCUUGACACACCAAGCGCUCCAAUCAACUUCAAAGUUAAAGAAAUUACAAAAGAAUCUGUUACUCUUACAUGGGAGCCUCCAAGUUUAGAUGGUGGAGCAAAGAUAAAAAAUUACAUUGUUGAAAAACGUGAGAGCACAAGAAAAACAUUCUCUGCCGCUGUCACAAAUUGCCACAAACUUUCUUGGAAAGUUGAACCACUUCAAGAAGGCUGCAGUUACUAUUUCAGAGUGCUUGCAGAAAAUGAACAUGGUAUAGGGCUACCUGCAGAUAUCACAGAUCCUUUGAAGGUUUCAGAGGUGCCACAAUGUCCUGGAAAAUUAAGUGUUGUAGAUGUUACUAAAACAAGUGUGUCUCUUUCUUGGGAAAAGCCCAUUCAUGAUGGUGGCAGUAGAAUUCUUCAAUACCUUGUAGAAAUGCAGGUCAAGGGUAGUGAUAAAUGGUCUGGAUGUGCCAAUGUAAAAACACUGGAAGCUGUAAUCAGUAAUUUGAACCCUGGAGAAGAGUACACUUUCAAAGUAAUUGCUAUCAAUGAAAAAGGAAAGAGUGACCCAAGAACACUUGCUGUCCCUGUGCAAGCAAAGGACCUUGUCUUUGGGCCUGAUGUACGACCUGUGUUUAGCAACUACAGUGUUCUUGUUGGAAAGGACCUUCAAGUUGAAAUCCCAGUUUCUGGUCGUCCAAAGCCAAAGGUCACAUGGACAAAGGAUGGUGCAGCCCUCAAAUUCACAACAAGGGUUAAUAUUUCUAAUACAGCACACAGCACUGUUCUUAGCAUCAAAGAAGCAGCCAGAGAAGAUGGUGGAAUGUAUGGAAUAAACGUGUCCAAUGCUGUUGGACAAAAGGAUGCAACCAUUGAAAUCAUCACUCUUGAUAAACCUGGCCCACCAACUGGCCCUGUGCGAUUUGAUGAGAUAACUGUUUCAAGCAUUACGUUGUCAUGGGAUGCUCCAAAGUAUACUGGUGGUUGCCCAAUUUCAAAUUAUAUUGUGCAAAAGAGAGAUACAACUUCUACAACAUGGGAGAAUGUUGCAAUUUCAUUAGCAAGAACAACAUUUAAAGUACUACGACUGAAGACCGGUGCUGAAUAUCAAUUCAGAAUCAUUGCUCAGAACAGGUAUGGCAAGAGCUAUGCUCUGGACUCUUUGACUGUUGUUGCUCAGUAUCCAUAUAGAGAACCAGGACCACCAGGAACUCCAUUUGUAUCAUGCCUAUCAAAGGACCAUAUGGUUGUUGAGUGGAAUGAGCCCGUUUCAGAUGGAGGCAGCAGCAUUAUUGGAUAUCAUCUUGAAAGGAAGGAGAGAAACAGCAUUUUUUGGACAAAGAUAAAUAAGACACUGAUUCAAGAAACAAAGUUCAAAACCAGUCCUUUAGAGGAAGGUGUUGAAUAUGAGUUCAGAGUAUAUGCUGAAAAUAUCGUUGGCAUUGGCAGAUGCAGCAAAAUCUCAGAGGGCUUUGUUGCUCGUGAUCCAUGUGAUCCUCCUGGAACCCCAGAAGCUGUCCAUGUGACUAAAAAUUCAAUAAGUAUCCAAUGGACAAAACCAGAGUAUGAUGGUGGAAGUGUUAUCACUGGUUAUACUGUUGAGAAACGUGAUCUUCCUGAAGGACGCUGGAUGAAAGCAAGUUUCACAAAUGUUAUUGAAACCAAUUUUACUGUCACUGGGCUGACAGAAGGUGCCAAGUACGACUUCAGGGUAAUUGCAAAGAAUGCAGUUGGCACUAUCAGCAAACCAUCAUACAACAGUGGACCUAUUGCUGCAUUGGAUGAGGUAGAGCCACCAAAGUUCUCAAUUGACCCAGAAUACACUCAGACUCUAAUUGUGAAUGCAGGUGAUACAUUCAAACUUGAUGCUGAUGUCCAUGGUAAGCCACUUCCUGCAAUCCAGUGGUUUAAGAAUGACAAGGAGCUUGAAAACACAAUUAGAUGUGACAUCAAGAACACUGACAACAGAGCAUUGAUAAUAGUAAAAGAUGCAGUCAGACAAGAUGGUGGAAACUACACUCUUCAGCUCACUAAUGUUGCUGGAUCUCAGACCGUUCAAUUCCAUGUGAAAGUACUUGAUAAACCAGGUCCACCAGAAGGGCCUCUUCAUGUCACAGGCGUGUCCAGUGAUAAAUGCACACUGAUAUGGCGUGCUCCACUAGAUGAUGGAGGAAACACUAUCACUCAUUAUAUUAUUGAGAGACGUGAGACAAGUCGACUUGCUUGGACUGUGGUCUGUAAUGAUUGCAAAACUACAACAUACAAAGUGACAAAGCUCCUGGAAGGUAAUGAAUAUAUAUUCCGUGUCAUGGCUGCGAACAGUUAUGGUAUUGGUGAGCCAUUUGAAGCACCAUCUGUAAUAAUGAAAGAUCCAUUUAGUCACCCCGGAUCACCACAAAUUAUUGAGGUAACAAAUAUUGCAAAGGACUCUAUGACUAUUUGCUGGAGUACUCCAGAUACUGAUGGUGGAAGUGAAAUUAUUGGAUACAUUAUUGAGAAGAGAGACAGAUCUGGAAUUAGAUGGACAAGAUGCAACAGACAAAAAGUAACUGAUGUAUGCUUCAGAGUGCAUGGCCUAAUUGAGGAUCAUGAGUAUGAAUUCAGAGUGUCAGCUGAAAAUGCAGCUGGAAUUGGAGAACCAAGCUUGCCAACUUCAUACUACAAGGCUUGUGAUCCCAAAUACAAACCUGGCCCACCCAUGCAUGCACAUGUUGUUGAUACCACCAAGACUUCAAUUACAGUGGCAUGGGGAAAACCCCUUAAUGAUGGAGGAUGUGCAAUUCAAGGAUAUAUUGUAGAGAUCUGCAAAGCUGAAGAGGAAGAAUGGACUAUGUGCACUCCCCCUACUGGCUUACGUGUCAACAAAUUUGAAAUCGCUAAGCUAACAGAACAAAAAGAAUAUAAAAUUCAAAUAUGUGCCAUCAAUAAAUUAGGUGUUGGAGAACCUGCAGUCAUUCCAGGAACUGCCAAGCCUGAGGAAAAGCUGGAGACCCCUGAAAUUCACCUCGAUUCAGAGCUAAGGAAAGGCAUUGUUGUUCGUGCUGGGGGAUCAGUAAGAAUCAAUGUACCAUUCAAAGGUAGACCAAUACCAGAUAUCAAAUGGACUAAAGAUGAAGGUGAACUGUCAGAAAAGACAGUGCUUGAAAAGAGUCUUAACUUCACCCAGCUUUCAAUUGACUCCUGUGAUAGAAGGGAUUCUGGAAAAUACACAGUUACUCUACAGAACAGCAGUGGCUCUGUCUCUGAAUUUGUGGCUGUUAAAGUGUUAGAUACACCUGGAGCACCACUAAACCUUGUAGUUAAGGAUAUCAAGAAGGACUCUGUUACACUUGUUUGGGAACCACCACUUAUUGAUGGAGGUGCAAAGAUCAAGAAUUAUAUUGUUGACAAGCGUGAAUCCACAAGAAAAGCCUAUGCAAAUAUAACAACCAAGUGCAGCAAAACAACUUAUAAGGUAGAAAAUCUUGCAGAGGGGGCCAUGUAUUAUUUCAGAGUAAUGGCUGAAAAUGAAUAUGGCGUUGGUUUGCCGGUUGAAACAAAAACUGCUUCAAAGGCAUCUGAAGUACCUCAGCCAGUUGGAAAGGUGAUGCUGACAGAUGUGACAAAAGUCAGUGCAUCUCUGACCUGGGAAAAGCCAGAGCAUGACGGAGGUAGUAGGAUUGCGGGCUACUUAAUUGAAAUGCAGCCAAAAGGUACUGACAAAUGGGGUGUAACAGCAAAUGUAAAAACGUGUGAAGGAACAGUCACUGGACUGAAUGGCGGUCAGGAAUAUUUGUUCCGUGUUUUGGCAUACAACGAGAAAGGCAAAAGCGAGCCAAAGCCCCUUGCUGCUCCAGUUAUUGCCAAUGACCUCACAAUUGAACCACACCUAAAGUUGCAGUUCAACACAUAUAGUGUCAAAUCUGGAAAGGAUUUCAAACUUGAAAUACCUAUUUUUGGACGUCCAAAACCAAAGAUCACUUGGUCAAAGGAUGGACAGUCACUUAAAGUAACAUCCAGAGUUACUACUUCUAAUACACCAACAUCCACAAUCCUGCAAAUUACUGAAGCCUGUAAAGAUGACCUUGGAAAGUAUACAGUUACUGCAACAAACAGUGUUUGUGCAGUUAAAGAAGAUAUCAGUAUCAUAAUCCUGGAUAAACCUGGUCAACCCACAGGACCAAUAAAAGUGAAUGAAGUGAGCAACAAUUCUGUUUCCAUCUCAUGGGAACCUCCGGAGUAUACAGGAGGCUGCCAAGUAAAGCAUUACAUUGUUGAAAAGCGAGACACCACUGAAACUUCUUGGCAAGUUGUUGCUGGAUCAGUUGCCAGGACAUCUCUCAAAAUUACCAAGCUGAAAACAGGUGCUGAGUAUCAGUUUAGAGUCGUUGCUGAGAACAGAUAUGGUAAGGGUGCUCCUUUGGAUUCAAAGACCAUUGUUGUGCAAUAUCCUUACAAACCACCUGGGCCACCUGGUACUCCAUAUGUGAAAUCUGCCACCAAGGAUCAAAUGAUAAUUGAGUGGAAUGAACCAGUCAGUGAUGGUGGCAGUUCAGUGAUUGGAUACCAUCUUGAGAGCAAAGAAAGAACAAGUAUUAUAUGGACAAAACUAAACAAAACCCUUAUUACUGAUACUGUUUUCAAAAUAUGCAAUCUUGAAGAAGGCAUUGGAUAUGAAUUUAGGGUAUAUGCUGAAAACAUUGUUGGUAUUGGCAGAGCAAGCAAAGUUUCAGAGAGCUUUGUUGCCCGUGACCCAUGUGAUCCACCCGGAACGCCUGAGGCUGUUGGAAUAUCAAAGGACCACAUUAAGAUUCAGUGGACAAAGCCUCAAUAUGAUGGUGGCAGCAAAGUGACUGGAUAUAUUGUUGAGAGAAGAGAUUUGCCUGAGGGCAGAUGGAUGAGGGCAAAUUUUACCAAUGUAAUUGAGAAAGAAUUUACAAUCACAGGCUUAACAGUAAACAAUCAAUAUGAAUUUAGAGUAAUUGCAAGAAAUGCAGUGGGUGUCUUCAGUGAGCCUUCAGACAGCACUGGACCAAUUACUGCUACAUAUGAAAUUGAACCUCCUAGUGUUUCAAUGGAUCCUAAGUAUAAGGAUGUAAUUGUUGUCAAUGCUGGAGCCAACAUAGUUUUGGAUGCAGAUAUACAUGGUAAACCCACACCUGAUAUUCAGUGGCUAAAAGAAGGAAAGGAAAUGGAUAAGACAUUGCGUAUUGAAUUAAGAAGUACACAAAAAUAUGCUUCUAUUACAAUAAAAGAUUGUACAAGAUUGGAUGGUGGACACUAUGACCUUGUAUUAAGCAACAGUGGUGGAACAAAAACAACUCCAAUAACAGUAAAAGUUCUUGACAGGCCAGGUCCACCAACCGGACCACUACGAGUGACUGGCGUCAUGUCUGACAAAUGUCAUCUGUCCUGGUCUGAGCCCUCUCAGAAUGGUGGAGCUAGUAUUUCUCAUUACAUCCUUGAGAAAAGGGAAACUAGCAGACUAUCAUGGACUGUUGUUGAUUCUAACAUUCCUACUGUAAAUUAUAAAGUGACCAAGCUCUUGCCAGGUGAUGAGUAUAUCUUUAGAGUUAUGGCUGUCAACAAAUAUGGCAUUGGUGAACCUCUGGAGUCUGAGGCAAUUAUUGCACGCAAUCCAUACAAGCCACCAAGUGCGCCAUCAACACCAGAAGCAAGUGAGAUAACAAAGGAUUCAAUAACUCUAUCAUGGAAUGCCCCAGAGAGCAAUGGUGGAGCAGAAAUUACGGGUUAUAACUUAGAGAAGCGUGACAAAGAUGGUGUGAGGUGGACAAAAUGCAACCGACAGAAGCUGACCAAUCUGCAUUUCAAAGUAACUGGUCUGUCAGAGGGACAUUUCUAUGAGUUCCGUGUGUCUGCUGAAAAUGAAUCUGGUGUGGGAGAAUUUAGUGACCUAUCUCUAUUUUAUAGAGCAAUAAAUGCCACAACUCCCCCAGGUCCACCUCAUCAUCCUAAAGUGACAGAUCACACAAGUUCAUCUGUCUCUCUGUCUUGGGGAAAACCUGCUACAGAUGGUGGUGCAUAUAUUAAAGGUUAUAUUGUUGAGAUGAAAGAUGUUUCUUCAGAGGAAUGGAUCAUAUGCACACCUCCAGCUGGUAUUCAAGCAACACGCCUCACAGUUGAAAACCUGAAGGAAAAUGUUGAAUAUAAUUUCCGUGUCUGUGCAAUUAAUUCUGAAGGAGUUGGUGAACCUGCUGAUGUUCAUGGAUCUGUGACUGCAUCUGAAAAGAUUGAAGCACCUGAAAUUGAACUUGAUGCUGACCUCAGGAAAGUUGUCUCUGUUCGUGCAGGAGGAUCCCUUCGUCUUUUCAUUACAAUUAGAGGUCGACCUGAGCCAUCCAUCAAAUGGGAAAAGGAGGAUGGGAAUCUAACUGAGCGUGCUCAGAUUGAGUCAACCAGUUCAUACACCAUGCUUGUAAUUGACAAUGUCAAUAGAUUUGACAGUGGAAAAUAUGUCUUGACUCUUGAGAACAAGAGUGGCACAAAAUCUGCAUUUGUUAAUGUCAGGGUGCUUGAUACACCAAGUUCUCCACAGAAGUUUGAAGUGAAAGAUGUAAAGAAAGAUUCAGUGACUCUCUGCUGGUACCCACCACUUACAGAUGGUGGGGCUAAAAUAACCAAUUAUGUUGUUGAGAAGCGAGAAUCUACAAGGAAAGCUUAUACAACUGUCACAAGCAACUGCACACAGAUGUCCUUUAAAGUGGAUGAACUGCAGGAAGGAGGCAUUUUCUACUUCCGUGUAUGUGCUGUUAAUGAGUAUGGCUUUGGUGUGAUGGCAGAAACAAAGAAUCCUAUUAAGGUUGCACAGGUACCUAUGCCUCCAGGAAAAGUAACUCUUGUGGAUGUCACAAAGAAUAGUGUUACACUUACUUGGGUUAAGCCUGUCCACGAUGGAGGCAGUAAAAUCAUCUGCUACAAUGUAGAGAUGCAACCCAAGAGUAGUGACAAAUGGGGUGUAAGCUGCACAGUUAAGGUUCCAGAGGCUACUGUGAGCAACCUCACGCCUGGUGAAACAUACUCAUUCAGGGUUAUAGCAUUGAAUGAGAAGGGCAAGAGUGAGCCUCAAGAACUUGGUGUACCUGUUGUAGCUAAAGAUAUUGAGAUUGAACCCUCUGUUCACCUGCUGUUCAAUACAUACAGUGUUAAGGCUGGAGAUGAUCUUACUGUGGAAGUUCCUGUGAGAGGCAGGCCUAAGCCAGUUGUCUCUUGGAAGAAGGAUGGCCUUCCUUUGAGGCAAACAACCUCUCUUUCAAUUGUCAACACGAUGGUGUCAAGCAAAAUCGUCAUCAAAGAAGCUGCUAUUGAGCAUGUUGGUAAAUAUGAAAUCAGCCUUGCUAAUACAGCAGGCACCAAGUCCACAGACAUUGGUGUUGUUGUUCUUGAUAAACCUGGGCCACCAGCUUCAGUGAAGGUUGAUGCUGUGACUUCUGACAGUAUUACAUUGUCAUGGGCCCCUCCAGAAUAUGAUGGUGGAUGCUCCAUCAACAAUUACAUUGUUGAGAAGAGAGAUACUAACACAACAGAGUGGCAGAUUGUUUCAACAAAUGUUGCCAGAACCUCAGUCAAAGUACCUCGAUUGACACAGGGUUCUGAGUACCAGUUCCGCAUCUAUGCAGUGAAUCGCUAUGGAAAGGGUAAGCCAAUUGACUCUCCAGGAAUUACUGCAGAGUACACAUUCAAACAGCCUGGGCCACCUUCUACACCCCGUGUAGCUCAUGCCACCAAGGUCUUCAUGCUUGUCACAUGGAAUGAGCCAGUUAAUGAUGGUGGUAGCACAGUUCUUGGCUAUCAUUUAGAACGCAAGGAGAGAAGCAGUAUUCUUUGGACAAAGGUGAACAGGACAAUUAUCAAGGAUACUGAAUUCAAAGUAACUGGCAUUGAGGAAGGCAUGACGUAUGAAUUCCGUAUCUAUGCUGAAAAUAUUGCUGGAAUUGGGAAAGCAAGCAAAGCCAGUGAGCCCAUAGCUGCACGAGAUCCUUGUGAUCCUCCUAGUCAGCCUGUAGUAACUAGCAUUACCAAAUCCUCUGUAUCUCUUUUUUGGACCAAGCCUGAGUAUGAUGGUGGAGCCAAAGUUACUGGCUACAUAAUUGAACGUAGAGAUCUCCCAGAGGGUCGCUGGAUAAGAUGCAAUUUUACUAAUGUUAUAGAGACUUGUUUUGAUGUUACUGGCCUAACAUUGGAUGAGAAGUAUGAUUUCCAUGUCAUCGCAAAGAAUGCUGCUGGACUAUUCAGUGAGCCAUCUGAUAACACUGGUCCUAUUACAGUUAAAGAUAAUGUAGAUCCACCACGUAUUAUGAUGGAUGUCAAGUUCAAGGAUGUUGUGGUAGUAAAAGCUGGGGAUACCCUGAAGAUUAAUGCUGACAUUGCAGGGCGCCCACUUCCAAUUGCAUCUUGGUUAAAGGAUGGGCGUGAAAUUGAACAGAAGGCAAGAAUUCAGAUAACUGGAACAGAUACUAGUACUAUGAUAGUAGUUAAAGACUGCAAAAGAAGUGAUUCUGGACAGUACGCUUUGACUUUACAGAAUGUUGCAGGAAGUGUCACGACACCAGUAAACUGUGUUAUUCUGGAUAAACCAGGACCUUCAGCAGGACCACUAUCAGUAACAGGCCUCACAGCAGAGGAAUGCACAUUGUCAUGGGGACCACCACAAGAAAUUGGUGGCUCUGAAAUAACACAUUAUGUUGUUCAGAAACGAGAGACCAGUCGAUUGGCAUGGACACUUGUACAUGGAGAGGUGAAAACCACAACAUUCAAGGUCACUAAGCUCCUAAAAGGAAAUGAGUACAUAUUCAGAGUAUUAGCUGUCAACAAGUUUGGACUUGGUGAAGCCCUUGAAAGUGAAAUGGUCAAGGUCACUGAACCAUACACUAUCCCUGCAGCUCCAACAAAUGUUGAAAUUACAAGCGUGACCAGUGAGGAAAUGAGGCUAACAUGGGCAAAGCCUGCAUCUGAUGGAGGCAGUGAGAUCCUUGGAUAUGUAAUUGAAAGGCGAGAGAAAUCUGGUCUUCACUGGGUCCGUGUGAACAGGGACAUUGUGAAAGACCUAACAGCUGUGAUAUCAAAAGUAAGAAGAGGAUGUGAGUAUGAGUUUAGAGUUUAUGCUGAAAAUGCAGCAGGCUUGAGUCUAGCCAGUGACCCAUCUCCUUCAGCAAGGGCAGAGGAUGAACUUUUGGUACCAUCCCCACCAACUAAACCUAAGAUUCUGGAUCAUACCAAGAAUUCAAUUACUAUUGCCUGGAAAAAGCCAUUAUCUGAUGGUGGUGCACAGAUCCUUGGAUACAGUGUAGAAUAUAAGAAAUCUGAGAAUGAGGAAUGGAUUGUGGCUAUUCAGAUGACAAAAAGCAAUGAAUUCACAGUUUCUGGUCUUACAACUGAUGUGGAGUAUGUAUUUACUGUUAAAGCAAUUAACAAAGUUGGUGUCAGUGAACAGUCACCUGUCUCUGAGCCACAGUCAGCAACGGAGAGAAAGGAGGAACCUGUAUUUGACGUUGACAUUGAGAUGCGAAAAACUUUAAUUGUCAAGCAUGGUAAUUCAUUUACUUUGACGGCUCUGUUUAAAGGAAAGCCAGUACCUUCAGUUACAUGGAAUAAAGAGGAGGUUGAUCUCAAAGCAAGGGCGAGCAUAGAAACAACAGAAACAUGCACAUCUAUUACUAUUGAGAAAGCAACAAGAAAUGACUCUGGACAAUACAUUGUUACUUUGGACAAUGGUGUUGGAACAGCAUCUUUGCCAAUGGUGGUCAAAGUCCUUGAUACCCCUGGACCACCAACUAAUGUGAAAAUUACAGAAGUCACAGAAGAUUCUGCAACAGUUACUUGGGAGCCUCCAGAGAAUGAUGGAGGAGAUGCUGUUAAGGCUUAUCAUGUUGAGAAACGUGAAGCAAGCAAAAAGGCCUGGGUAUGCGUAACAAGCAACUGCCACAGUCUGACAUACAAGGUUGAAGACUUGCAAGAAGGUGCAAUUUACUAUUUUAGAGUCGCUGGAGAAAAUGAGUUUGGAUCAGGUGUACCUGUUGAAACUAAAGAUGGAACCAAGAUUACAGAAAAACCAAGUCCACCUGCUAGACUUGGUGUUACUGCGGUAACAAAAAAUAGCAUCACCAUUGCAUGGUCAAAACCAGAGUAUGAUGGUGGAAGCCGAAUUACCAGCUACCUCAUUGAUGCCCUUGAAAAGGGCCAACAGAAGUGGGUUAAAUGUGCCACUGUUAAAGCCAACACCCACAUAAUUAAGGGCCUAAGGGAAAAUGCAGAAUACUUUUUCAGAGUUCGUGCUGAGAAUCACGCUGGACUUAGUGAACCAAAAGAAAUGAUUAUCCCUGUGGUUGUGAAAGAUCAACUGGAUGCCCCUGAGUUUGAUAUGAAAAAUUUCCCACACAACACUCUUUAUGUGAGAGCAGGAUCAAAUCUUAAAUUUGAGCUUCCUCUCUCUGGUAAACCAAUGCCAAAAGUCACGAUGUCAAGAGGGAAUGCUCCAGUUAAGUGCGGCAAGAGAUUCAGCUUUGAAGUAACCCCUGAAAGUCUUAAUAUCAACCUCAAGGAAAGUAUUGCAAGUGAUGCUGGAAGAUAUGACAUUGUUGCCUCAAACACAAGUGGAACCACCAAGAUGUUUGUAAACAUACUGGUCCUGGAUAGACCAGGUCCUCCCGUUGGACCUAUUGAAGUUAGUGAUGUGGAAGAGACAAGCUUGUGUCUCAAAUGGCUCCCACCUGUGUAUGAUGGUGGCAGUCCUGUUACAAACUAUGUUGUUCUUAAACGUGAAACAAGUACUCCAGCCUGGACAGAAGUGUCAUCCACAAUUGCAAGAAGCUCAAUUAAAGUCACCAAACUUACAAAGGGAGAAGGAUACCAGUUCAGGGUUAAAGCUGAGAAUCGCUUUGGCAUCAGUGAUCACGUUGAUUCUCAUUCAGUUACAGUGAAGCUUCCAUACACUAUCCCUGGACCACCAUCAACACCAUGGCUUGGUUAUGUGUCAAGGGAGAGCCUCACUGUUUGUUGGAAUGAGCCAGUAUUAGAUGGAGGAAGCCCAGUGGUUGGAUACCAUGUCCAAAUGAAAGAAAGAAGCAGCAUUCUUUGGCAGACGGGGAACAAAACAGCAAUCCCUGCAACUCAAAUUAGAGUGACAAAUAUAUGUCCUGGAAUGAUUUACGAAUUCAAGGUAGCUGCAGAAAAUGCAGCUGGUAUUGGAAAGUUCAGCAAGACAUCAGAAGAAGUGCUAGCAAUUGAUGCCUGCGAACCACCGGCAAAUGUGAGAAUUUCUGAGGUUACAAAAAAUUCAAUUAGCCUUGUAUGGCAGAAGCCUCCAUUUGAUGGUGGAAGCAAAAUCACUGGCUACAUGGUUGAGCGAAGAGAUGCUCCAAAUGGCAGAUGGACAAAGGCAAACUUUACCAAUGUCAUUGAUACUAACUUCACUGUGUCAGGCUUGACUCAGGAUCAGGCAUAUGAAUUAAGGAUUUUUGCCAAGAAUGCAGUUGGCUCGAUCAGCAACCCAUCUCUAAUUGCAGGACCAGUAACUUGUGUUGACAUUUCUGGUGCUCCAGUAAUUGACCUGCCCCCAGAGUAUUUGGAUGUUGUGCAAUACAAAGCUGGUACAUCAUUCAAAAUCAAAGUGGGAAUAUUUGCCAAACCCUUGCCAACUAUUGAAUGGCUUAAAGAUGAAAAGGAGUUAGUGUCAAGUGCACAGCUGUCAAUUGAGAACACAACUGACUCAUCUUCCAUCCUCAUUAAGGAUGCUACUCGUCUUAAUACUGGAACCUAUGAGCUCAAAAUUAAAAAUGUGUUUGGCACAGCAUCUGCUUGUAUCAGAAUACAGAUUUUAGACAAACCUGGACCUCCAGCUGGACACAUUGAAUUCAAAUCAGUCACUGCUGACAAGAUAACAAUUGCAUGGGAACCAGUGGCUGAUGAAGGAGGUGCCAAAGUAACUCAUUACAUUGUAGAAAAACGAGAGACAAGUAGAGUAGUGUGGUCCACAGUUUCUGAAGCAAUGGAAGCACAUACUGUCACAGUCCAAAAGUUGGCCAGAGGAAAUGAAUACAUAUUCCGUGUCAGAGGUGUUAACAAAUUUGGAGCUGGAGAUGCUCUGGAGUCUGAGCCUGUAAUUGCCAAAAAUUCAUUCGUUUCUCCUGGACAACCUUCUACACCUGAAGCAACAGAUAUCACCAGAACAUCAAUGCAAAUUGUUUGGGAUAAACCUAGUGUGGAUGGUGGUAGCAUGGUUACAGGAUACUAUCUGGAGAGACGUAACAAGAAGAGCCUGCGCUGGGUAAAAGUAUACAAGGACCCCAUUAGUGACACCAAAGCAAAGGUCCAUCAUCUCACAGAAGGAAAUGAAUAUCAGUAUCGUGUAUGUGCAAUCAAUAAAGCUGGGGAAGGUCCAUACUCAGAUGUUUCUGACUUCUACAAAGCUGCUGAUCCAGUUGACCCACCAUGUGAACCAACUAAGCUCAAGGUAGUGGACUCGACUAAAACAUCAAUUACACUUGGAUGGUCAAAGCCAGAGUAUGAUGGAGGCAGUGAAAUCACCAGCUAUGUUGUAGAAAAAAGAGUUGGUGAGGAUGGGGAGUGGACAGUGAUUAGCCAUAAGGGAGAAGUGAGAACCACAGAGUAUGUUGCCUCAGAUCUUAAACCAGAUAUUGACUACUACUUCCGUGUAUCUGCUGUUAACUGUGCUGGACGUGGAGACCCAAUAGAAAUGGAAGAGGCAGUACAAGCCAAAGACAUUCUUGAGGAAGCCCAUGUUGAUACGGAUGUUGCAAUGAGAACUCACUACAUUGUGAAAGCUGGUAAAGAUGUUGAAAUCAUGGUGCCCCUGAAAGGCAGACCUGCUCCAAGUAUCUCUUGGAAGAAGGAAGACCAGAACAUUGACAAUGAUCCUAAAUAUGACAUUCACAACACAGACACGUCAUCGUGUCUCAUAAUUACACAAGUAACUCGAAACGACACUGGUAAAUACACCAUUAAUAUAUCAAAUGGUGUAGGAGAACCAAAGUCCUUAACUGUGUCUGUUAAAGUACAGGACACUCCAGCUGCUUGUAAGAAUUUGAUCUUAAAAGACGUCACUCGUGGGAAAGUUACACUUUGCUGGGAGUCUCCUCUAUUGGAUGGUGGUGCUGAAAUUACCAAUUUUGUUGUUGAGAAAAGAGACUCUUCAAAGCGUACAUAUGCCUGUGUAACAAAUAAGUGCAAAGAAACCACAUGCGUAAUUGAAGAACUCUCUGAGAAAGCAUCAUUCUUCUUCCGUGUAUUAGCAGAAAAUGAGAAUGGAGUUGGAGAUCCAUGUGAAACAGCAGAGCCAGUUAAAGCCACAGAGACACCAGGACCAGUCAAAGACCUUUCUAUGAAAGAUUCCACAAAUACUUCAGUAACACUACAAUGGAACAAACCAGAUUAUGAUGGUGGUAGCAUUAUUACAGACUACAUAAUUGAAAAGAAACUCCAAGGUCAAGAAGAAUGGGCCCCUGCUGGCACAAACAAGCACUGUGAACAUGAAGUUACAAAGCUUAAGGAACUCACUGAAAUGUUUUUCAGAGUUUGUUCUAAGAAUGAAAAGGGUACUAGUGACUUUGUUGAAAUCGGAUCAAUUAAAGUAAAGGACUACAUUAUCCCACCAGAAGCAAACCUUAAAGAGUAUCCUGAUGGACAAAUCAGUGUACGUCUGGGACACAAUGCCCACAUUGAAUUGCCAUACAAGGGUAAACCAAGACCAGCCAUUCUUUGGUUAAAGGACAAUUUACCACUGAAGGAGAGUGAAAAAAUCCGCUUCAAGAAGACUGAAAACAAAGCCACUCUAGUGAUAAAAAAUGUGGAGAAAGAGAAUGGAGGCAAAUACACACUUACUCUUGACAACACAUUCUUCAGAAAAUCAUUUCAUAUACAGGUUAUUACCCUUGGACCACCCGCUAAACCUGUUGGACCCAUCCGCUUGGAUGAGGUCAGAGCAGAAAGUAUAGCUAUAUCUUGGGAUGAGCCAAAUGAUAAUGGGGGUGGAGAAAUCACUUGUUACACUGUUGAGAAACGUGACACCUCUCAGACAGACUGGAAAAUGGCUUGUUCAAAUGUGAUUGGAACAUCAUUUAAGGUACCCAAUCUGAUCAAGGGAAUUCAAUAUCAGUUCAGAGUCUGUGCAGAAAAUAGAUAUGGUGCAAGUGAACCUUUAGUUUCACAAAAUGUCAUUGCCAAGCAUGAGUUCAGACCACCUGGCCCACCAGGCAUGCCAUUGGUUUACAAUGUUACAAAUGAUGGCAUGACUAUUCAGUGGGAUGCACCUAUUUUUGAUGGAGGUUGUCCAAUCCUUGGGUUUCAUGUUGAAAAGAAGGAGAAGAACAGCAUAAUGUGGCAAAAGGUCAACCUAGUCUUGGUGAAAGAAAGGGAGUACAGGAUUCUUGGUCUCAUUGAAGGCUUGGAAUAUCAGUUCAGAGUCUACGCCCAGAAUGAUGCUGGAUACAGUCGCAUGAGUGAUACAUGCAAACCUGUAAUGGCUGUUUCUCCAGUUGAUCCUCCUGGUACCCCUGACUAUGUUGAUGUAACAAGUGAAUCAGUUAAACUGAAAUGGGAAGCACCCAAGCGUGAUGGUGGAAGCAAAAUUGUUGCCUAUAAUGUGGAGAAACGACAGGGCAAAGGACGGUGGUUAAAGAGCAAUUUUUCAAAUGUGACUGACACAGAAUUUACAGUGACUGGUCUUGCUUGCGGUGAACGCUAUGAAUUUAGAGUCAUAGCAAGAAAUGCUAUCGGUACAGUGAGCCCACCCUCUCAGUCUUCUGGAUAUGUCUUAGUCAGAGAUGAGAGCUUUGCUCCAAACAUUGAGUUUGGACAGGAAUACUUUGAGGGAGUGUCUAUUAAAGCUGGAGAAAACAUCAGGCUAAAAGUAACAAUCAUUGGAAGACCAACACCAAAAGUUACUUGGUACAGAGAUAAUAUUGAAUUAACCAAGAAAAUGGUUGAUAUCACAACAAUUUCUGGAUCAAGUACCCUCUUUAUCAGAGAUGCUGACCGUAGUCACCGUGGUCUUUAUACUGUGGAAGCCAUAAAUCCCUCAGGAGCUAAAAAGGAAUCAGUGAAAGUUGAAGUCUUUGAUACACCUGGUGAACCUGUUGGACCAAUCACAUUCUCAGAUAUCUCUGAGGGCAAAGUAACACUUUCAUGGAAUCCACCUGAGAAUGAUGGCUGUUCUGAGGUCACUCAUUACAUUGCUGAGAAGCGUGAAACCUCUAAAAUUUCAUGGGCACUUGUUACGGAUGAGUGCUUGGCAUGCACGUACAUUGCCACCAAACUGAUCAAGACAAAUGAGUAUCAGUUCCGUGUUUCUGCAGUCAAUAGGUUUGGUGUUAGCAGACCACUGGAUUCAGCUCCCGUGAUUGCACAGAUGCAAUACACUGUUCCAGAUUCUCCUGGAACUCCAGAUGCAACAGAUGUUGACGGAGAGAGUAUCACAAUCAGCUGGGCUCCACCAACACAUGAUGGUGGAAACCCAAUAAAAUAUUACAUUGUGGAAAGACGUGAAAAGAAAACUGGUCGCUGGCUGAAAGUCAUAACAAGGAAACCCAUUGUUGAGGCUGCACACAGAGUGACUCAUCUCACUGAGUAUGUGGAAUAUGAAUUCCGUGUGUAUGCUGUAAAUGAUGCUGGAAUUGGAGCACCAAGCAACAUUUCAAUGCCUAUUAAAUGUGCAGAGCCAACUGAAAAACCUGAUGCCCCAUCUAUUGUCAAUGUUACUGACACUACCAAUACAUCUGUCAGCUUGGAAUGGACCAGACCUGCCUAUGAUGGUGGUAUGGAAAUCCAUGGCUACAUUAUUGAGAUGUGCAAGGGAUCUGAACAGGAAUGGCACAGAGUCAAUGAGGAUCUUUGUGCUGUCACAAAAUACAAUGUCACUGGUUUGGAAACUGGUGCAGAGUACAAGUUCCGUAUUUGUGCAGUCAAUUCUGUUGGAAAGGGUGAAGCCAAAGAAAUACCUGAGUCUGUACAGGCAGUAGGCAGGCUCUUGGCACCAGAAAUUGACAUAGAUGCAUCCUUCAAACAGACACAUAUUGUGAAAAGUGGUGGAAGUGUAUGUAUCCGUAUUGCCUUUAAGGGAAAGCCAACACCUACAGCUUCCUGGACAAAAGUAGAUGGAGAACUUGGUGUUAUGACAGACAUCACCACCACUGAGACAGUCACAGCCUUGACACUGGAAAACUGCACUAGAAAUGAUACUGGAAAAUAUACUCUCACUCUUGAGAACAGUAGUGGCAAUAAAUCUAUCACUAUUGCAGUCAAAGUGUUGGACACACCUGGUGUACCAGGGGCUCUCUCAAUCAAGGAAGUCACAAGAGGAGCUCUCACAAUUGCUUGGAAACCUCCUACCAAUGACGGUGGCGCACGUGUUCAUCAUUACAUUGUUGAGAAACGUGAGGCAAGACGUCGUACAUGGACAGAAGCAGCACCCAAGACCACUCAAACAAGCUUGAGAGUUUCUGAUCUCCUGGAAGGUGUACCUUAUUUCUUCAGAGUCGUGGCUGAGAAUCAGUAUGGUCUUGGUGAAGCAUAUGAAAUGCCUGAUCCAGUUAUUGCCACAGCUGAACCUGCUCCACCAAAGAGAAUUGAUAUCAUUGAUACAACUGACACAUCAGCAACCCUGGUCUGGCUUAAGCCAGAGCAUGAUGGAGGAAGCCGUAUCACAGGCUAUUGUGUGGAAUCCAAGGCAAAAGAUGCAGAUAAAUGGAUUGUUUGUGGUACAACGAAAUACCUAAGCCUCGUAAUUGAAGGACUUAUAGAGAACAGUGAGUAUGAAUUCCGUGUCAAGGCAAAGAAUGAUUCUGGGUUCAGUAUGCCAAGAGAAGCUUUCUCCUCAGUCAUCAUUAAAGAGCCACGAAUUGAACCUACUGCUGAUCUCAGUGGUAUCACCAACCAACUCAUUACUAGCAGGAUUGGCGAAUCUUUUGAGAUUGAUGUUCCAAUUAGUGGAAGACCAGCUCCAAAGGUAUCCUGGAAGCUUGAGGAAAUGAGGCUGAAAGAAACUGACAGGGUUUCAAUCAAAACUACCAAAAACAGGACCACUCUCACAGUUAAAGAUUGCAUGAGAGGUGAUGGAGGCAGAUAUUUCCUCACUCUUGAGAAUGUCACUGGGUCAAAGACUUUCACUGUCACUGUCAAUGUUAUUGGCAGACCAAGCCCCCCAGAGGGCCCAAUUGAGAUUUCCUCGAUUACAUCAGAGUCAUGCGUACUGUCAUGGAAUCUACCUGAGGAUGACGGUGGAACAGACAUCACUAACUACAUUGUUGAGAAGCGUGAAUCUGGCUCCACUGCUUGGCAGCUUAUUAACUCAAGUGUAAAGCACACUUCUUUCCAUAUUUCCCAUCUUACUAAAUACAUGCAGUAUACUUUCCGUAUCUGUGCUGAAAACCGUUUUGGUGUGAGCAAACCAACAGAGUCUGAGACGAUUGUUGCAGAGCAUCCAUUUGUUCCUCCAGGCUCUCCAACAAGACCAGAAGUGUUCACUGUAACCGCCAACAGCAUGAGCAUUCGUUGGGAGGAACCGUACCAUGAUGGUGGCAGCAAAGUCACUGGAUACUGGAUUGAAAAGAAGGAGCGUAACACAAUUCUCUGGGUGAGAGAAAACAAGAUUCCCUGCUUUGAAUGCUACUACAAGGUGGAAGGCCUUGUUGAGGGUCUUGAAUACCAGUUCAGAGUGUAUGCAAUGAAUAGCGCUGGCCUCAGCAAAGCAAGCGAAGCAUCAAAGAGAGCUGUGGCUCAAAAUCCAGUUGAUCCUACGGGAAAACCAGAGGUUACAAAUGUAUCAAGAUCAACAGUCUCAAUCAAAUGGUCUGUGCCCCUAAACGAUGGUGGAAGCCCAAUCACAGGCUACAUUGUUGAGCGCAAGCCAUAUACUGUCACUGGAGAUGGUCGCUGGCUUAAGUGUAACUACACUAAUGUUACUAACACAAAUUUCACUAUCACUGCACUGGGAGAAGGAGAGGAAUAUGAAUUCCGUGUAAUUGCCAAAAAUGCAAAUGGAGUGUUGAGCCUGCCAUCAGUUUCAACAGGACCAGUGACCUGCAAAGCAGAAUACAUUCCUCCUAAAGCAGAGCUGGACAGCAAACUCCUUGUGGACACAGUUAUAAUUAGAGCUGGAUCUGAUCUGGUGCUGGAUGCUGCUGUUGGUGGUAAGCCUGAGCCUAAAGUCAGCUGGUCCAAGGGUACAAAAGAGCUAGAGCUUUGUGAGAAAUAUGCUCUCCAGUACUCAAGUACACGUGCUCUGGCAAUCAUCAAGUUCUGUGACAGAGAUGACACUGGGAAGUAUGUUCUGACAGUUAGAAAUGCAAGUGGAACAAAAACUGCUGAGGUCAAUGUUAAAGUGCUUGAUACACCUGGUCCCUGUCAGGAGAUUAUAGUCAGCAAUGUCUCGGAGGAAAAAUGCACAGUGUCUUGGAAAGAGCCACCGGAGGAUGGUGGUGACCCCAUCACACAUUACAUUGUUGAAAGAAGGGAUACCAAUAGACUUAACUGGGUUAUCAUUGAGGCUGAAUGCAAAGCCCUAACAUGUGCAAUUAAAAGACUUUUCAAGAACAAUGAAUAUAUCUUCCGUGUGAGAGGUGUGAACAAGUAUGGAUCUGGUGUGGCAGUACAGUCUACCCCCAUCUUUGCCAGAAACUCAUUCACUGUCCCAUCACCCCCUGGAACACCAGAAAUCCUUGCAGUUGGAAAAGACUAUGCAACGAUUGAGUGGCUGAAGCCUGAGAGCGAUGGUGGCAGUGAAGUCACAAACUACUUGAUUGAGUUCCGUGAAAGAAAGAGUGUAAGAUGGAUCAAGGUUAACAGAGAUUCUAUUCUCAAGGAGACAUCCUUCAAAGUCACUGGUCUCCAUGAAAGCAACAUUUACCAGUUCCGCAUUACAGCCAUGAAUGCAGCUGGUGAUAGUGAACCUAGUGAAGUGUCAAUGUAUGCAGUAUGUAGAGUACCAACAGGCACUCCAGAUCCACCUUCAAUUCCAAGGGUUACAGACACACACAAAGAUAGUAUUAGCCUUGCCUGGACACGACCAGUUGAAGAUGGAGGUGCAGAUGUUAUUGGUUACGUUCUUGAGAUGCAAGAAGCUGGUGCAGAGGAAUGGACAAAAGUGCAUGAAAAGAAUCUUAGGGUGACAGAACACACAGUUGCAGGUCUUUCUGCUGGCAAAAAAUACUGUUUCAGAGUUGCAGCAGUCAAUGUAAAUGGAAUGGGUGAUUUCAGUGAUCCUUGUGCAGAGACUGAGCCUGUGGAAAGAACUGAAAUUCCUGACCUUGAGCUGUCUGAUGAACUGACAAAGACAAUUUGUCUGAGAGCAGGAAGUUCUCUGCGGCUCCAUGUUACUGUUACUGGUAGACCAAUCCCAACUGUAACCUGGACCAAACCCGGUGUGGACCUCCAAAAUCGUGGCUUUAUUGAAGUGACAAAUACUGCUACAACUCUCAUUAUUGACAAGGUGCACCGCUAUGAUGCUGGUAGAUAUACAAUUGAAGCUUCAAAUUCAGCUGGGAAGAAGGAUGCAAGCAUUCUUGUGAAAAUCUAUGAUACACCUGGUCCAACUGGUCCAAUUAAGAUAAAAGAGCUUACAAAAGAUUUUGCUCAUAUUACUUGGGAUGCUCCUGAGGUUGAUGGUGGAGCACCUGUCAAUAAUUACAUCAUUGAAAGACGAGAGGCAUCAAUGAGAGCAUACAAAACUGUCACAUCCAAAUGCAGCAAGACAUCAUACAAAAUAACUGGUCUGACAGAAGGAAUGCUGUAUUAUUUCAGAGUCUUACCAGAGAAUAUCUAUGGUAUUGGUGAACCUUGUGAGACAAGCGAUGUUGUGUUGGUGUGCGAAGUUCCACUUCCACCAGCCAAGCUUGAAGUUGUAGAUGUAACCAAAUCCAGUGUAUCACUUGCCUGGGAGAAACCUUUACAUGAUGGAGGCAGCAGAAUCACUGGCUACAUUGUUGAGGCUUGUAAAGCUGGUACUGACAAGUGGAUGAAGGUGGCAACUUUGAAACUUACAGACUUUGAGUUCACUAUCAUGUCACUUAAUGAGAAUGAGCAGUACUUCUUCAGGGUACGUGCUGUCAACAGCAGAGGAGCUGGUGAGCCAAAAGAAAUUGUUACAGCUGUGACAGUUCAAGAUCAAAGAGUCAUGCCAAAGGUUGAUCUAUCAGCUAUUCCACAGAAGACGAUAAGUGUUUUGGCAGGCAAACCCCUUGAGCUUGACUUACCAAUUAUAGGAAGACCACCACCAGUUUGUUCUUGGUUCUUCAAUGACAAUAGGUUAAAGAUUGUGGAGCGUGUGAAGAUAAAGUCAACUGGAAAAUUCUCUAAAUUAACUAUUCUUGACACUACCAUUGAUGACAGUGGAGUGUAUACUCUUGAGGUAAAAAACAUAACAGGAGUAACUACUGAAAACAUCAAAGUCAUAAUUCUUUCCAAACCUGAUGAGCCUCAAGGACCCAUCCGAUUUGAUGAAAUUGAUGCAACAUCAGUCACAAUAAGCUGGGAUCCACCUAUGAGAGAUGGUGGUGCACCAAUUAGCAACUAUGUUGUUGAACAACGUGAUGCUCAUCGUCCAGGAUGGGUACCUGUAUCGGAAUCAGUUACCAGACCAACAUUCAAAUUUGACAGGUUGACAGAGGGCGAUGAAUAUGUGUUCCGUGUCGCAGCAACCAAUCGCUAUGGCACUGGGGAUUACUUACAGUCAGAAAUCGUAAUGUGCAAGAGCUCCAAAUCCAUUCCCGGGCCGCCUGGAAGACCCAUUGUAUUUGAUGUAUCACGUGAUGGCAUGACUGUUGCAUGGGAGCAACCAGAUGAGGAUGGAGGCUUAGAGGUGUCUGGCUACAUUAUUGAACGCAAGGAGGUCAGAUCUGAUAGGUGGAUCCGUGCUAAUAAAAAUCCAGUGACAAUGACAAGAUACAGAUCCACUGGAUUAAUUGAUGGCCUGGAAUAUGAACACAGAGUGACAGCCAUCAAUGCUCGUGGUGUCAGCAAACCUAGCCUUCUUUCUAAACCAGCAGUAGCAACUGAUCCAGUUGAUCCACCAGGGUCACCUCAAAACCCACGAGUCACAGAUACCACAAAAUCGUCUGUGUCUUUGGCCUGGAGUCCUCCAGAUGAGGAGGGUGGUGCUAAGGUUACAGGCUAUCUAAUUGAGAUGCAAAAGGUUGGAUCAGUAACCUGGUUGAAAUGCAACGCUACACCUUCACUGAUCUGUGAAUAUACCUUGACACAAAUGCCACAAGGAGAAGAAUUUAAAUUCCGUGUUAUGGCUUGCAAUGCUGGUGGACCAGGUGAACCAGCUGAAGUACCAGGUGUUGUGACUAUAACAGAGAUGCUUGAUCCUCCAAGUUAUGAUCUUGAGGCAAAAUACAAAGAUGUCCUUGUAGUCAGAUCCGGAGGAGUAAUCAAACUUUCAGUACCCAUCAAAGGCAAACCUGCUCCUACCUGCAAAUGGACGAAGGAUGGAUCAGAGGUGACCAACCGUGCAAUGAUUGCUUCCAAUGAAGAUGUAUCAGAGCUGGUAAUCAAACAAGCUGAAAGGUCUGAUUCUGGCGUUUACUAUCUCCAUCUGGAAAACAAGUGUGGCAAAAAGAUGCUUCCUAUAAAGGUCAAGGUUAUUGGCCGCCCAUCUGUACCUGAAGGCCCUCUUAGAUUUGAUGAUAUACAAGCACAUUCUGUAAGAGUGAGCUGGAAACCACCAACAGAAGAUGGUGGUUCUGAAAUUGUUGGCUACAUUGUGGAGAGACGUGAAGUAACAAAAGCAGCUUGGUACACUGUUGACUCACGAGUGGUUGACACAUCCCUUGUGGUUAAGGGACUACAAGAAAAUGUUGAAUACCACUUCAAGGUGACAGCAGAGAACCAGUUUGGAAUAAGCAACUCCCUGAAAUCAGAGACAACUGUUGUACCAAAGACUCCCAUUUGUGUCCCAGAGGCUUCAGGCACUCCACCAGAAAUUAUGGAUGUUACUAAGAAUUCUGCUGCUUUGGCUUGGACUAAACCCAAAGAUGAUGGUGGAUCUCGCAUUACUGGUUACUUUAUUGAGUACAAAGAAGUGUCGUCUGAAAAGUGGAUUCGUCAUGAGACAAAGAUUACCUCAACAAUGUAUACUCUUAGUCAGCUCUCUACUGAUGCUGAGUAUCAGUUCCGUGUUAUUGCUAUGAAUGACAUUGGAGAGAGUGUACCAGGACCUGCAUCAGAUUCAGUAAUAUGCAAAGAUCCCUUUGAUAAACCAAGCCAGCCAGGAGAAAUUGACACUAUGACUGUUACCAAAGACUACAUUACAAUUAACUGGGAGGCUCCAGCAUGUGAUGGUGGAAAACCAGUUCUUGGCUACUGGAUUGAAUACCGAAAGUCUGGAGAGAGUGCUUGGAAGAAAUGCAAUAAGGAGCGCACAAAGGACAAACAAUACACACAGGGUGGUCUACAAGAGGCAACUGAAUAUGAAUUCAGAGUAUUUGCUGAAAAUGAAACCGGAAUUAGCAGACCACGCAGAACAGCAACUGGCAUCAAAACUAAACUGGGUGUUGGAACUAAACCAGCUCUCAGGAAAGAGAUGGAUGAAGUCACUGCUAAACUAGGACAAACUGCAACUCUCAAAUGUCAGAUUAUUGGAAGACCUGUUCCAGAAAUUAAAUGGUACAAGGGUGGAAAGGAAAUCAAAGAAGGUCGCAAAUAUGCAGCGACCUCUGAUGGCCGCAGUCAUACACUGACCAUUUCAACCGAUCAGCAGGAAGAUGAGGGUCUGUACACAUGCAAGGCUGUGAAUGAAGCCGGGGAGUGUGAGACCAGUGGAACUCUGGUCCUUGAAGCAGCACCACAGUUCCCAGUGCCACUGAAAGACAAAUUAUUUGCAACAUGUGGUAGCACAGUGCGCAUACAUGUUGUUUACAUUGGUCGACCUCAGCCUAAGAUCAUGUGGCUUUAUGGAGCCAAGGCUUUGGAGCCCUCUGAGAAUUUAAUAAUUGAAAAUACAGAGCAUUACACUCAUUUGAUUCUCAAAAAUGUACAGCGCAGAGUAAACGGAGGAAAAUACAGAAUCAGGAUCAACAACCAUUUCGGGGCUGCAGAUACUGUAACUCAUGUUGAAAUCUUAGAUAAACCUGCAAUGCUAGAAGGCCCUCUUGUUCUUGAUGCACUGUUGAAGAAUUCUGUGAUCAUUAGCUGGAAAGCACCCAAAGAUGAUGGAGGAUCUAUGAUCACAAAUUAUAUUGUGGAAAAGCGUGAAGACAAGGAAGGAGCAGAGUGGGAACUUGUAUCUUCAUCUAUCACAGGCACUUCAUGCAGAAUUCCUAACCUUGUUGAAAAUGAGGGAUACUUCUUCCGUGUUUCAGCACAAAAUCGUUAUGGCAAUAGUGAAUCACUGGAGACUCCUUAUGCUAUCCUCAUCAAGAGUCAGCUAGAGAGGCCAGGAGCUCCAUUAAAACCAGUUGCUUCUGCACUUACCAAAAACUCCUGUGUUGUGUCUUGGAAGCCACCUCUCAGUGAUGGUGGUUCUAAAAUUAAGAACUACUGUCUUGAAAAACGAGAUAAGAAGAAGGGUGAAUGGGUUGCAGUUACAACAGAUGAAAUCCACCAGACUGUUUAUUCUGUCAAGGGCCUGACAGAAGGUGUGGAGCAUGAAUUCCGGGUGAAAUGUGAAAACCUUGGUGGAGAAAGUGAGUACAGUGAAGUAUCUGACCCUGCCAUUCCAAAGACUGAUGUUGAAGUGCGUGCUCCUGCCUUCAAAGAAGACCUCAGAAACAUGAGUGUAAAAUUCAAGAGCAAUGCAACAUUUGUCUGCAAGAUAACAGGACAGCCCAAGCCUGUAAUAAAAUGGUUCAAGCGUGGUAAGGAAAUUCAAGCUGAUGGCACCAAAAUCAAGAUCCAAGAAUUCAAGGGAGGCUACCAUCAGCUUGUUAUUGCUGAUUGUGAUACAGAAGACUCAACUGUAUAUCAGAUCAGAGCAACAAACCAGGGUGGAUCCAUUUCUGCUACUGUUUCUCUAGAUGUAGAAAUCCCUGCUAAGAUUCAUCUACCUAAGAAUCUGCAAGGAAAGGAGGCUAUCCCUGCCCUUCGUGGUGAAGUGGUGAACAUCAAAAUUCCAUUCAGUGGAAAACCAGAUCCAGUUAUCACUUGGCAGAAGGGACAAGACCUUCUUGAUAAUGAUGGACACUAUCAAGUCAUUGUCACACGAUCCUUCACAUCUCUUGUAUUCUUGAAUGGAGUAGAAAGGAAUGAUGCUGGUUUUUAUAUUGUGUGUGCCAAAAACAGAUUUGGAAUUGACCAGCAAACAGUUGAGCUUGAUGUUGCAGAUGUGCCUGAUCCACCACGUGGCAUCAAUGCCAGUGAUGUUUCGAGAGAUUCUGUAACACUUCACUGGGUAGCACCUGCCAAUGAUGGUGGAAGUAAAGUCACAAACUAUAUCAUAGAAAAGUGUGCCACAACAGCAGAAAGAUGGGUUCGUGUUGGCCAGUCUCGUGACACCCACUAUACUGUUGUCAAUCUGUUUGGAAAAACAAGUUACCAAUUCCGUGUCAUAGCUGAAAAUAAAUUUGGUCAGAGUGCACCGUCUGAGCCAAGUGGAUCUGUUGUAACGAAGGAAGACAAAUCAAGAGUUCUUAACUAUGAUGAAGAAGUUGAUGACACCAGGCCAGUUUCCAAAAGCAAAGCUCCUCAUUCAGAGGCUAAGAAUGUUCACAACAAGUACAUGAUUGCUGAAGAGCUUGGCCGCGGACAGUUUGGUAUUAUUCACCGGUGCAUUGAAACCAGUUCUGAGAAAACUUACAUGGCUAAAUUUGUCAAAGUUAGAGGUGCAGAUCAGGCACUAGUGAAGAAAGAAAUUGCAACACUGAAUGUGACACGCCACAAGAGCUUCCUGUUACUGCAUGAGUCAUUUGACUGCCCUGAAGAGCUAGUCAUGAUUUAUGAGUUCAUCUCUGGUGUGGACAUAUUUGAGCGCCUUGGUACAGCCAAUUUUGAGCUCAAUGAGUGUGAAAUUGUUAACUAUAUCAGACAAGUAUGUGAAGCUCUUGAAUUCCUUCACAGCAAGAGUUAUGGCCACUUUGAUAUCAGGCCUGAAAAUAUAGUGUACACUACAAGAAAGGGAACUAAUGUCAAGAUUAUUGAGCUUGGACAAUCUAGACACCUUACACCUGGCGACCAAAUUAAGAUUCAGUACACGACAGCUGAGUUUGCGGCACCAGAAAUACAUCAAAAUGAGAUGGUUAGCACCGUGACAGAUAUGUGGUCUGUCGGUGUCCUUGUGUAUGUUCUUCUCAGUGGACUUAAUCCAUUCGCUGCUGAAACUAAUCAGCAAAUGAUUGAGAGCAUUUGCAAUGCUGAGUACAGUUUUGAUGAUGACGCCUUCAAGCAUGUAAGUGUUGAGGCAUUUGACUUUGUGGACCGCCUACUAACCAAAGAGCGCAAACAUCGUAUGACCGCUGCUGAGGCUUUGAAUCAUCCUUGGCUGACAAUGAACUCAGAGCAGCUAAGCACUAGGUCCAUCAAGAUUACACGCCAUAAGAGAUAUUACCAAGCCAUGGUUAAGAAAGAAUGGAACACUGUUGUGUCAUCUGCUCGUGUUGCCAGUGGUGGUGCUAUCAGAAGUCAGCGAGGAGUAACAGUCUCUAAAGUGAAGAUUGCACCAUUUGAACAUGGACCAGUUGCAGGACUAAUUAAACACAGUGUUGCUGAUGAAGGUGAUGAUAUCAAGCUCAUUUGCAACAUUGAUAACUACGAUAGCACCACCGAAGUAACAUGGUACUGUGGAGUAAGACAACUAGAAGAAAGCGCUAAAAAUGAAAUUACUUAUGAAGACGAGCUUGCUACCAUAACUAUCAAAGGAAUCACCAGAACUGAUGACGGAACAUACAGAUGUAAAGUUGUCAAUGAGUAUGGUGAGGACAGUGCCUAUGCUGAGCUCUUUGUCAAAGGGGUAAGAUCCUAUCGUGAGUUCUUCACUACACGUGUUGUAAAGAAAGUAAAACGCAGAGUUGACACAGCAAGACUUCUGCAAAGACCUCCUGAAUUUACUUUGCCAUUAUGUAACCGCACUGCUUACAUUGGAGAGAAUGUGCGCUUUGGUGUCACAAUCACAGUGCAUCCUGAACCUCGUGUAAUGUGGUUGAAAACUGGUCAAAAGAUUAUGCCAGGAGAUGAUGACAAGAAAUACACUUUUGUUAGUGAUAAGGGCCUGUAUCAGUUAGUGAUUCACAAUCUUAACCCAGAUGAUGACGCAGAAUACACUGUUGUGGCACGGAACAGAUUUGGUGAUGACAGUUGCAAGGCUCGUCUUACAGUGAUCCCUCGUCCUGCUCCUGCUGAUAACACCUUGAGACCUAUGUUCAAACGUGUUUUUGCUAACUUAGAAUGCAGAGAAGGCCAGAGUGUACGUUUUGAAAUGAGAGUGUCAGGGCAUCCUUCAUUGAAAUGGGAGAAAGAUGGCAUGCCUUUGGCAUUUGGUCCACAAAUUGAAGUUGUGCAUGAAGGCUUAGAUUACUAUGUCUUACAUGUAAGAGAUACUCUUCCAGAGGAUUCUGGCAUAUACAGAGUCAUUGCAACUAACUCAGCUGGGUCUGCAAGUUGCCAAUCCACACUCAAGGUUGAACGUGUGAUACACAUCAAGAAGGAGGAGAGUGAGGAACAAAAGAAGAAGAAACACGAUCUUGAUCAGCAAGAGAUGGACAAGAAAGUAAGACUAACUCAGAUACUAGCAGGUGCAGAUGUUACCCCACUUACUCCAGUCGCACAGCAAGCACUAAGAGAAGCUGCAACUAUGUUCAAGCCAGCAAUCACUACCAAGAAAGUCAAGAGCGAAGCUGAGGAAGCCAAAGAAAAAGAAGAGAAAAAGAAGAGAGCAGAAGAAAAGAGGUUGAGAAUGCCAUAUGUUAUUCCUCCACCUCGUGUUGUUGCUCCUACUGCUCUUGAGGAGGACAUGGAAAUCAAACACUUUGUGCCUUUCUCUGAUAUGAAGUGGUACAAGAAACUCCGUGAUCAGUAUGAGUUCCCGGAGCCAAUGGAAAAGUUCCCCCAGAAAAGACUUAAGCGCAUCCGGCUGUCAAGGUGGGAUCGGUUCUAUGAAGUACCCCUGCCGAGAAUUAAAGACCAAUACAAGCCAAAAUGGCAUAUUCCUGUUUCACAGGAUGACCUUGAGACUGUAAGGCCAGCAAGACACCGCACACCUUCUCCAGAGAUGGAGGCUUACUACAGAAUCAGGAGACGCUCUCUUGGUGAUCUUUCUGAUGAGGAACUGCUUCUGCCUGUUAAAGAAUACUUGUCAAUGAAGAGAACAGAGGAAGAAAGACUUAAACUCGAGGAUGAACUUGAGUUAGGCUAUUCUGCUUCUCCACCAAGUCUUAGCCCUGUACGCUUUGAACUCUCUGCACUGCGUCACCCAUCACCUAAGAGAGCUGCAUAUGAUGAGGAAGGGGAGGAAGUUCCAACAUAUGACUCCUACCGUAUUCCAUCUAAGUAUGAGGCUGGUCCAAGCUAUAUUGACUUAUGUCAACGUCACGAUAGGGCAACAUACAGACCUCCAAGACAAAAGCAAAGGUUAUAUGAGGAAAAAGAGGAUCAGGAACUGCUUAGGUCAGCAAUGACAACCACAAAGUUAACUUCCUACAAGAGCCAACUGCAGCACAUUGAGUUUGAGGAGAAAACAAAGGUCAAAAGAAAGGAGAAAACAAGAGUUUCUGUGUCAGCGGUAACUGAGGCAACAGUCAUAACUGAUAUACCUACAGCAUCAUUCUCUCCUGGCUAUGCUACAGUAACUCGUCCUAAGAAGCCUUCUGCUGCUCUGGCAGAAAAAGAAGUGGUUAAAACGACAUCACCUGAAAAAACACGCCCACGUUCCCCCAGCCUUGAAUCUGCUGAGAAAGCAGCCACUACACCAGACUUAUCAACAAAAAUUGAUUAUAUGUCAAGGUAUGAGUCAAGAAAGAAUGCCUUGAAAACUGAGAGGAAGCUUGAAAUUGUGACCCAGCAGCCUUUUACCCUUGACCAUGCUCCCAGAGUGACUGUAAGAAUGCGCUCUCACCGUGUGCCAAUUGGUCAAAACACUAAGUUCACACUGAAUGUCCAAUCUAAGCCAGAAGCACAGAUUAAAUGGUACCACAAUGGAGUGCAGAUUGAAGAAAGCAGAAAAUACCGUAUGUUUAACAUGAGUGGUGUUUUGUCUCUUCAAAUCACUGAUUGUCAGGAAGAGGACAGUGGCACCUACCGUGUCGUCUGCACAAAUGCAAAGGGAGAGGCCUCUGACUAUGCCACUCUCGAUGUUGCUGGUGAUGGAUUUUCUGCAUAUGCCUCACAACGUAAAGAUGAGGAGCCACCAACUCCCUUUGUCCCUGAGAUGACAAAAACAGAUGUUUAUCAUGUUUCAUCUACAAAAGCAGCAUCUGUAUCAGAAACACAAGUGGAAUUAUCCAAAACUAAAACAGACAAGAUAGAAGAGACAAUUGAGACUGUUGUUCAGGAGGAGCAGGUAACAUCUGAAAUCAAACUUGAAACCAUGGCAGUGACAGCAGUUGAGGAAGUUGUGGUUGAGAAAAUUUCUGAGACUAAACUUGAAGCUACAGAAGUGACAACAGUAGUGGAAAAAGUGGUUGAGGAAAAGAAGCCAACUCUCCCAGCUACAAUUCUGACUAAACCACAGUCACUCACAGUAUCUGAGGGAGAAUCUGUUAAAUUCACUUGUGAUGUUGAUGGUGAACCUGCACCCACUAUAACAUGGAUGCGAGAGACUCGAGUAAUUGUGUCCUCUCAUCGUUACCAUAUUACCUCAACUGAAUAUAAAUCUACCUUUGAGAUUACCCAAGUAGAAACGUCAGAUGGAGGUAAUUACACUGUAGUAGCAGAGAACUCUGAAGGUAAACAGGAGGUACAGUUCAGUCUAACUGUUCGUAAACCAACACCUAUACAGAAAGUUGUUGCUUCUCCUCCAAGAGUGAAAUCUCCAGAGUCUCCCCGUAUAAAGUCACCAUUUGGAAUUAGGUCUCCACAGAGAAUUAAAUCACCUGAACCAAUUAAAUCUCCACCAAGAGUUAAGUCCCCACCCAUGGUAAAAUCACCGACUCCAAAAGAAAAAACAUCCAAGCCAACCUUCUCAGCAGAACUAAAAGACAUCUCAGCCUCUGCAGAUACUAUUAUAAAGCUUACAGUGAAAGUGUCCGGUGAGCCUAAGCCAUCAAUCUCUUGGAUGAAGGAUGGAAAAAACCUCUCUCAAGGUGGAAAAUAUGAAAUCUUUGAAGAACAUGGUUCAGCACAUCUUGAAAUCUAUGAAGCUGAUGUCUCUGAUAGUGGAGUGUACACAUGUACAGCCAAAAACAGUGCUGGAUCUGUUACUACAAACUGCACUGUUACCGUUCAAGCACGAACAACAACAGUUGCCAUUGAAAGAAAAGCAGAGUUGACAGAGCAAAUAGUGAAAAAGGAGAUUGCCUAUGAGGAAGUGCAGUCCUUUACAGAAAUUAAAGCAUCAAAAACCCAAAUGACAAUGAGUCAAGGUCAGACUGUUACACUACGAGCAAACAUCCCUGAAGCCUCUGAUGUGAAAUGGAUCCUGAAUGGAGCCGAGCUAUCAAAUUCAGAGAACUACAGAUAUGGUGUGUCAGGAAAUGAUCACACCCUGACAAUUAAAAGCAUCAGCCACCAUGACCAGGGAAUUCUCACAUGUGAGGCCAAAACUGAACAUGGUGUAGUCAAGUGCCAGUUUGACAUGACCGUCAGUGCAAUGCACUCAAAUGCACCAAGUUUCCUUAUGCAACCACGCUCCCAGAAUGUAAACGAGGGACAAAAUGUCACAUUUACAUGUGAAAUCACUGGUGAAACUUCUCCUGAAAUUGAGUGGCUCAAGGAUAAUACAGUAAUAUCUAUUACAUCGAACAUGAAAUUGAGCCGGUCUAAGAAUGUGUACACACUUGAGAUUCACAAUGCCACCACUGAAGACAGCGGAAAAUAUACAGUAAAAGCUAAGAACAAAUUUGGACAGUGCUCUGCAACAGCAUCACUGAAUGUCCUCACUCUGGUUGAGGAACCUGCCAAAAUGAUAAUUGUGGAGAAAGCCUCUGAUGCUACGAGCAUGCAGGGAAGUUAUGCUGCCAAGCAUGUGGUUUCAAAAAUGCAAGAGACAUCCUUCAGCAGUUCCAGCAUGGCUGAGGUUAAAUUUGAGAGCAUGUCAGCAUCUAGCAUGACCUCCAUGACUUCUGAAAGAAUGAUAGCUAUGAGCUCCAGCAGUAUGAUGGCAAUGUCCAGUCACUCGCAUGCUGAGGGGUCAUCCAUCAAAGCCAUUUCUCAUGGCCGCAAAGGUAUACCACCAAAGAUUGAGGCUGCCCCUCAAGAUAUCAGUAUUGAGUCAGGGAAGGACCUGGCUGUAGCCUGUGCUUUCACUGGAGACCCAGCCCCUUCCAUAGAAUGGUCACAUUCAGGGAAGACACUGUCCAGCAAGGAGGAGAGUGGACGAUUGCAGAUUGAGACUUCUCAAGAUAUCACCACUCUUGUUAUAAGUGGAGUGAAAGAGACUGAUGCUGGUGCAUACACCUUAAAACUUUUUAAUGAGUUUGGAUUUGAUACCACUACUGUCAAUGUCAGGAUUCGAUCGAUGUAAAAAAAAACAAAAAACAAAACAAAGAUAAAAUAGUUAUACAAUCCUCACCCCAUUUCCCUCAUUCAAAUCCUUUUUAUUUAUAGAAUGAGAAAAAAAAUACUCAGUUCUUGAUAAAGACCUGGAUUUCUGUUCUUGUAAAUAUGAACUAUUUUUAUACCAAACUUGACAUUAAUUUAUGCCAAACUAGACUAAAGUCUAAAGUUGCUAUAAAAUGUGCCAUAUUGGAUA